AUGAGCACAGAGGGAAGCGUUCUGCCUGAAGAGAAAAUAUCUUCUCCUUGUAGGUACGAUUAUUAAUUGAUAUGGUUAAUGUUAUCAGCUGAAGAUAUCCACAGGUUGUGUGUAAUCCUGCUGAUUUGGUUAAUUUUCUCUGAAGUCACGCAUCGAUGAGGGAAGGAGACAUGAGUUUGAAAGCAGCAGCAGCAGCAAGAGGUUUGGUUGUCCUCUUUCUCUCUCUAUCAGGUACAGUAGAUCCUCAUUCACAUUGUUGGACAUAGUUUUAGGGGUUAUUGCACUUAUUCAUGAAAGACUGAAGUUUUCUAAAUUUCUUAGCAGUUGUUGAUAUGGAUUUCAAAUCUGUUUAAGAUACUAUUUCUGUUAUUGCAAAUGAACAGUUGAAUUACUUCCAAGUAAAAUCACCAUCCUUUCAUUUGAGUGGUUUGAAAUGUUACACUGUAAGUUUAUUUUUGUACUGCUUAAUUUUUAAAAGAGGAUCUGGAGGUUUCUGUAAGUUAAAAUGUCAGUAUUUCUUACAUGGACUCAGAAAAAGGAACCAAACUGCAGAUGUAUCAAGUUUCUCUCAGACGUCGGUGUGAUGUUUCCAUUCUCACUGUGGUUACGAGUCAACUGCUCUUCUAAGUAUAAAGUGUCUUUUCAAGCACAUUUGCUCUCAUUUCCUUUUAUUUAUAAUUCUAACUUAUCUGACCACAGAGUGAUCAGAGAGACAUCUAAACUAAACACUCAUGUCCAGUGAAUUCAUGAUCUUUGAUCAAACAGUCAAUUUCAGCCUUUAAAUUAGUUCUUUUUGUCUAUUUGCAGAAAUUUAUCAGGAGUAGAAGAAAAACAAAACUUUUGCAAAGUAACGUUUAGAUUUUAGAUGAAUCUGUUGAACAGGUCUGUAGUGGGAAUUUCAGCAUGAUGUUCUUUGUGUUUCAGUGAUUCAGGGUCAAAAUGACUGGAGUGUGACUUACCCAAAGACUCAGAUCUGUGCCUUAAAAGGAUCAACAGUGGACAUACCUUGCACCUACACAUAUCCAUCCAGAGUAAAUGAGCUCGACACCAAAGUUGAAGAAAGGCUCUGGUUUACUAAAAGGAAUGGAAACGAAUUUGUAGAUCUGAUAACAGACCCUGACUAUAAUGAUUGUGUUGAGUAUCAUAUUAAUGAGAUUGACUGCACUUUGAGAAUCAAAGAUCUGAGAGAGAGCGACUCAACUGAGUACAAGUUCAGAUUCACAACCAACCAACCAGGUGGAAGUUAUACUGGAAGACCAGGAGUAACUUUGUCUGUCACAGGUAACUUUUUUUUUGUUUUAUAAUUUUUUGUAUCUGGAAUUAAAAAAAAACUCAGUUGUGUACUUAAAAUGUUCCUUUUUUAAAAGAAUCUUAUCAUUAGAGCUGGUUGAAGCCUGGGCAAACUCUUGCUGCUGUAGAUUUAGACUGCUGGGGUCCUGGCACAUUGAGCACCUUUCCCUCCUUCUUCAUCCUCUUUCAUUCAUGGCAUCAUCUUUGAAACAUCAUGUCCCAUUAGAGCCACUGAUACAGUCUCUUCUGGGAGUCCCUGUGCUCCAUCAUGUCUUAGGUUCCUCUGGAUCGCUGUGGCAGACGUUUUGUUGCAGUGGUCCUGCCUGCUUUCCAGCUGCUUCAGCUACAUGCAUCCCACCAUCUCACCUCUGUCCUUGUCUCUCUUUCUGCAUCUCCCUCUCUAAACCAAAGACAGUCUCAGCAGAUGACUGUCUAACAUGAGGGUGUUAGAGGUUUCUGCUUGAGGUUUCUGUCUGUUAAAGGAAGUUUUCCCUGUCCACUGUAACUUGCUAAAUGCUGCAAAGCGUUUCACUCAUGGUUGAAGAUGGGAGAAGGUCUGAUCUUACAAGAUGGGGCUCAAUCUGAUCUCAUCUUUACACUGGGUCUUUGUAAAUAGAGUCUGGUCCAAACCAGCUUUUCUUACAGGAUAAUUGGCACUACACAAAAGAUUGAUAUUUGAAUUGUCUCAUCCGAGAUGACAUUUCAGUUCUUUAUCCAUCCAGAUCUGCAGGUGGAAGUUACAGGAUUAUUAAACAACCAUGCAGAGCUGAGGUGUACCAGCAGCUGUAGUGUGGCUGAUAAUCCUUCAUAUGUCUGGUACAUUAACGGACAUAAAAUGGAUGAGGAGACGUCUACUUUAAGAGUUUCUGUGAAUGACAACAAGUAUUCCUGCGCAGUAAAAGGACAGGAUAAAUAUGGCUCUCCUGCAGUUUGUAAGUUUACACACUGUAACACUUGUACUUUUGUGUUAAAUGUUGUAAAAACUGUAACUUUAAAGUCAAAAGGGUGGACAAAUUUAUUCUCUGAUGGUCUGUGAUACUACUACAAGUAUGAAAGUUUUCCCAUAUGUUGACUUUUUCAUCAAAUGAAAAGUGUCUUUGCACAUGUCUUUGGUACAGAUGCUCCAGCGCGUCCUAAUGUGUCAGUGAGUCCCUCUGCUGAGAUAGUGGAGGGUAAUGAUGUGACUCUGACCUGCAGCAGUGAUGCUAACCCAGCAGCUACUUAUACCUGGUACAAGACAAACGUCCGUCAACCUCUGACUAAAGGAGCCCAGCUGGUCUUCAGCUUUAUUCAGCCCUCUGACUCUGGAGAGUUUUACUGUGACGCUGAGAAUCAGCUUGGGAGGAGGAGAUCUCAUCCCAUCUCCAUUAAUGUGAAAUGUGAGUUUGACUUCUUGUUCACUGUCAGCAACAAUUUUUUAGAUUAUGUUUGAACUUGUAUCUUUUAAUUAUGUGUCCUGUCCUCAUAUUAAGCUGUUGUUUCUUGUGUAAACCAGUAAAGAUGAAUAAGAUGAUAACUCUGAACACUGUAGUUUGUCCAUGAGAUUUAUAAUUACUGUAAACAUAAAUCUAACAAUAAUGAAGCUUUAGUUGUCAGUUGUUUAAAAUAUAUCGUCUUUUGAUAACAUCAAACUGGACACAGAGACCAUUGAAGUGAAUUAUUUUUCAUUUCCUCUUCUCCAGAUGCUCCAAAGACCUGCUCUGUAUCUGUGAAUCCCACUGGUGAAAUCACAGAGAACAGUUUAGUGACUCUGACCUGCAGCAGUGACGGUUACCCAGAACCAGAGUAUACCUGGUACAAAGGGGGGUUUUAUGAUCAUCCCAGGAAAGGAUCAGAGCUUGUUUUUAGAUCCAUUCAGUCCUCUGACUCUGGAAACUAUUACUGUAGAGCAAGUAAUGGUCAAGGGACGGUGUGGGCACCUUGGCCCAUUUCUAUUGAUGUAAAAUGUGAGUGAAGCAACCUUCAACAUAUUUUUAGUGUUUGUCUUUAUUUGCUGAUCACCUGUCUGCUUCCUUCAGCUCUGUCUGCUUCAAAUUUACAAUCUGUGGAUAUUAGACACUGAGCACCUACAGUAAAUGACAGAGAAGUGCAGUUAUAUAAAGUUUGACCAGUUAUUGUAUCUUUAUACUGACUAUUCAGACAGUUAAAUGUCUAUGUGGAUUUAAAACUCAGAUGUUUUCUCCUUCAGAUGCUCCAAAGCUUCGACAUGUGUCAGUGAGUCCCUCUGGUGAGAUAGUGGAGGGCAGUUCAGUGACUCUGACCUGCAGCAGUGAUGCUAACCCCCCUGCCACUUACAGCUGGUAUAAAAAGACUGGAAAUAGAGGCACACUUGUAAGCUCCAGAACAACACUUUACUUCUGGUCCAUCAAAGCCCCAGACUCUGGAGAGUAUUACUGCACAGCUGAGAACAGGCUGGGCAGUAGGGUCUCUGAAUCCUCUGUCAUUGAUGUGAAAUGUGAGUAAAACAGCUCAUUGAAAACCUUGAAAAACCUGAUUUAUUGAUGGAGGUCUGGAUGGAGGAAAACUUAUUAAAUCUGUGAUGCUGAAAGUCUGAGAAAACAACUAAGAUGUGCAUCAUUGCUUUAUGUAGUUGGCAGGAACGUAAAAUGUUUAUUGUAAAGGUUAAAAAGUCAAUAUUUAAUCAUUAUAUUACCUUUGUGAUGAAAAAAAUGUCUAUAUUGUGGUUUAACAAACACCUUUUCCUUCCAGAUGCCCCCAAAAUGAAACAAAUAUCAGUGAGUCCCUCUGGUGAGAUAGUGGAGGGUAAUGAUGUGACUCUGACCUGCAGCAGUGAUGCUAACCCAGCAGCUACUUACACCUGGUACAAGGAGACUAGAUACCAGCCAUAUGGAUAUCCCAGAAAAGGACCACAGCUUGUCCUCAGGUCCAUCCAGUCCUCUGACUCUGGACAGUAUUACUGUGAAGCUGAAAACAAUCAGGGGACGAGGACAUCUCAACUCGUCUCUAUUGAUGUGAAAUGUGAGUGAAACAGUUUUCAUUAAAAGCUGUAUUAAGAUGAUGACUGAGAGGAUUUUGAGACUCUCUCAGCUGAUCACACACACUUGUUUUAUGGGACUUGGCCAAAUCUGGAUUAGAGUGUUUGUUCAUGACUUUAAUUUCUUUAAAAAUGCUAUAAAAUACUAGUAAAUAUUAUUUUCAGUGAAUAACUCUAGAGACAAAGUGCUCUAUUUCCGUGCCUCACCGGAGACGUGCCGCAGGCGCAGCGUAAGUCAGGUCCGCUGCGCCGACAAGGUGUUCCCAAGCACAAUUUGGUAUUUUGGUGAGCAGCGCAGCCCGGCGUAAGUAUCCCCCCUUCCUAACUCAGCCCCUCCCAGCGGCAUAAGUCGUAGCGAGGGAGGAGACAGGGCGUGGAGUGGGUUUAACACAGCCGAGACCUGUUUUCACCAAUCACAUAAGCUCCUCUCCUUGCCUUUAAAUCCGCCACCGGCGGGGCGUAUUACCAUUUUCGUGAAGUAGUCAAAGAGAUCAAGAGAUGUCUGAAGACAGUAAUGCCACAAGAUGGCGACAGAAGGCAGCUCCUCAACAAGUGUCACUGUAGCGCUGCAUUGGGUGUCCUCCACACUCUCUCAUAUGAGCACAGACGGAUUUGGUAUGUGUAAUGUUGGACCCACUGGUAAGACAAACACCCUUUUCCACAAAUAAAGACACUCACAUAAAGUUGCACAUAUUCAAACUUCACGUGACAAAGGUGGGUUGAGCGCACAGAUCACAACAUAAACUCCAAAAAUGGCAUUAAAAUCGGAAACACCUGUGUGUAAUGGACACAUCCCGCUCUGUGGCCUGGCUCUUUCUUUCAUAGAUGUUGGCAUAUAAAAUAAAUUUGACUCACAAAACUGAAUAUUAUAAUAUUCGUAUGUGGGCUUAAAGUAAAUAACUCAUCUGAUCACUGAAACAAAUCAUCUGUUCAGCCGCUGCAGCUGCUGCUGCUGCUGCUGCAGCAGGACGGAAAGAGGACACGGAGACGUGUCCAGGUCGAGCUGUGCGAGAAAUAAGAGGAAGAGGAAGAAAGAAAAGGAGGGAGACGAAUUACAUAUCUUGUUAACUUCAUCAUGUGUGUCUAUUUACUAGAUAUUUAAUUUAAUUUGAUGCGGUUUCAGCUGUGUUGAUUCGGUCAGGUUGUGUGUCCAAACGCGUGCCAAACGCGCUCAUCAGAUCAGAUAUAGAUCAGAAUAUAUCUAUAGAUCUAAAUGUAUGUGCUGACUCAGAUUAAUAGUUGAUGAUGAUUAUUUAUUGCACUGAAAUGUGCCUGACACUGUGGAAACCUGCUGGUGAGGCAUCCAAAAUACCUCUAGACCAUCUGCGUUCCACCUGCGCUGAAAGCUGACCAGGUUUGAAUCGGCGAGCUUUCAGCGCACUUUACACGAGCACGAAAAUGUCACUGCGCCAGCUGAUUCUGUCGACACCUCCCCCUGCCACGCCACCACGCCCAGCUUGGCGGAUCUCGGUUCGCCUCCGUGCGCAUCAGUCCACAAAAAUACCAAAUUGGCUGUACGCCGGGCUCCGCCAGAUGAAAAUUCAACUGCGCGGGGUCAGCCACCCUCCGUCGCCUCACCGGCGAGGCACGAAAAUAGAGCCCAAAGUGAAAAGUUAAAGAUGACAGCUGAAUCAGGCGGCCUUAAACUUUGAAUCACCCUCCAUACAAAUCUGAUUUAAACCUAUGAAGUGAUCACAUUUUACAUCAGCUGCAGUCUGGCAUAACAUCCUUCCUAGUCAGAAAGUUAUAAAAGAAACAGAUUCUUCUCGGAUGUGAGGACCAGGACUGCAGAGCUGUGAUACAAGAGUCAAAAAAGACAUUUAACAAAGAUUUUUAUUCCACUCGUCAGAUCCUCCAAAGCUUCCCUCUGUGUCAGUAAGUCCCUCUGCUGAGAUAGUGGAGGGCAGUUCAGUGACUCUGACCUGCAGCAGUGAUGCUAAACCAGCUGCUACUUUCACCUGGUACAAGAACAAUGAAAUCCCAGACUCUCAACCUCAGGGAGAAGGACCACGUCUUUUCUUUAAAGCCAUCCAGUCUCCUGACUUUGGACAGUAUUACUGUAGAGCUGAGAACAAGCUGGGGAAGAGGACAUCUGAAUACAUCACUGUUAAUGUGAAAUGUAGGUAGAACAGCUCAUUUAAUAAGAUAAUAAUGUAAAAAAAUAAGGGUUUUUCAUUUUAAAGUUUGUCAUGCAUGACAUUACAUUGAAAUUCAAAAAAAGAAAAUGUUGUGAGUCAUGUCUGUUCUUUGUUACAUUUAAUCAUUUGGUCAUCCAUCCCCAGAUGCUCCAAAUCUUCCCAGUAUAACAGUGAGUCCCUCUGCUGUGAUAGUGGAGGGCAGUUCAGUGACUCUGACCUGCAGCAGUGAUGCUAACCCUGCUGCUAACUAUACCUGGUUUAAGGAGCAUGAAGACUCACCAACAGCAUCAGGACAGAUCUUCACUAUAAACAACACAAGACCUGAACACAGUGGGAAUUAUGUUUGUCUUGCCCGAAAUGAGAAGGGACGUCAUAACUCCACAGUUCAUCUGACUGUUGAGGAAGGUAAGUAAAACAUGCGUAAGUCUUAGCCUUAAUCCAGACUGCCAUACUCCAGGUACUGAAGGUUUAACCAUAUCCAGAGCCUUACUACUGAAUAGUUUGUAUCUUGGUGAUCUCCGAUAAAGGGAGUCAUGUACAUUUUUGGUUUUCUUGUCUCUUUUGACAAGGAGCAUGGAAACUGAUAGCAGCUGCCUCGGUCCCCACCAUCAUGCUUGUUCUCAUUCUCAUCUUUGUCAUCAUAUGGAUCAUGUAAGAAAGUCAGCGUCACCGAAUGUUCAUCUUUCAAACAGAAUAAUUUGUCAACCAUGGUUUAACCUUUUAAACGAAUGUGCCUUACCAGAAAGAAGAGGACCUCUAAGCAGCCGGCAGAGCCCAGAGUUAGACCAGGCAACAGUGAACAGGUGAGGAGAUUCAUUCACCUAUGAAAUGUGUUAAUUUGAACACUUUAUAUGUCUGAAGGAAAGCUCCCAUAACUCUGAUUAUUUUGCCAACCGAUCGACCGGUAUAUCGAGAACUUUGCAUUUUGGCUCAGCUCCCUCUUCACCACGACAGAUCUGUGCAGCAGCCUUAUCACUGCUGACACCACACCAAUCCAUCUGUUGAUCUGUUAGCAAAACCUACUUGAAAAAUUUGUAUGUGUGAAUUGUGGAAGAUCUUUCAAAUGUCCACCUGCCAAAGCUGACUGUUGUCUGUCCACUGUUCACAGAUCAAUUUGGCAGGGCAGCAGGGUGAUCUCCAAUACGCCGCUGUCCACUUCUCUAAAAAGCAGGAGGAUUGUGUCUACUCCAACAUCAAACCAGCUGAGCCUGUAAGACAGAAGAAAUCUAAACAAGGAGAAGAAGCAAAGCAGGAAGAAGAAGAAAAGCCCAUUUUGUACUCUGCUGUUAGAUUUAAGAGUGCCAGCACAGCCCAGAGGUAAACAAAAUAGCACUCUCCUACAUCAUGAACGUUAAACAGUUAUUAUCCUCAUGAUUUUAACUUUGUUGUGAUCACUGUUGGGUUGUUAUAAAAUCCGAAAGUCUAUUUUAAUCUAUUUUUCUCUCAAAACCAGAAGUCAGGAAACCGUGGAGGAUCCAUCUGCUGUGUACAGUACAGUCAACAAACCUCCUGAAAAGAAACGUGGACGCAGAAACCUUGAGUCUCCAAGAAACACCUGAAAAGAAGCUUCUCUGAGCACCAAAAACAAUCAGGACAGGAUAGUCAAAGCUCAAAGCUGCAUUAAAUUUAUAAAAACCAAAACCAUGCUUAAUCCGUGAAUAUGGAAGGAGUUAUUGUUUUAACACAAUCUCUUGGAUUAUGCCAAAGAAUCAUGUGGUGACAAACGUUUUAUUCAUUCAGACAUUUUGCAUCUCUUCCUUUGCAAUAAUCUCUAAGAAGCUUUGUAAUAUCUUCCUUCUUUAUUUUACAUCUAUGUUCUGAAUUACUUUUGUACAUUUCUGUAUCACUGUUAAAACAUUCAUUUCCUUUUGCUUAUAUUAUGUAUUUACUAUUUUAUGUAUGUAGAGAUUUGAAUAUUUGUUAUUAAUAAAAUAUCUCAGUGUGACUUUGGUGUGAUGUCUCUCUGGCUGAUUGGUUAAACCACAUCAUGAAGGCCAUCAGUCAACUGUGGGGUAAGUUCUCCUCCCAAUAAAUGAACUUGAUUUCAUUUCUGAGAGUAGGGUUUAAAGGGAUUACUUGUUACUUGCUGGAGGAGGAGGGAUUUAUGACCUAUAUUGCAGCCCGUCACCAGAGGGUGCUGUUCUCAAGGUGGCUUCUCUCAGUGAGGAGGCAGAUAUCGUCCAUUCUAUAUACAGUCUAUGUGUUUAACAGAGAGAUCAGUACAACCCUGGUAAAGUAUGACUUUGGUUUUCAAGUCGAGGUAGAUCAGUGUCCUCAGAUCUUUAUCAUUCAACUUGGUUACUGCAAAUCUUUCCUGCCUCCCUCAUAAGCAAACUGUCGGGGUCCUUUUGCUGUGUUCAGCUAGUUUAUGUUCAACUCUAUAUCAGCGCAGGCACUUGGGGAACAAUGGUUGGGAGCUUGUUUUGCAUAUAAAUCAGCUGCAUUCAGAAAUUCAGCAGGAUCAGCUCGGUUUUUCACCUUCUUUGAACUCCAGCUGUUUUCACCCUCAUAUUCACUCAGCGGCUCUACCUCUGCUGCAGCUGCUGGUUUAACGCUCAGUCUUUGGCUGCGUGCUUACACUUUUCAUCCUGAAAUCUGUUAUUUUUGCUCUUGAAUUACAGCUGUUGCUACUGUCAGUGUUGUUGAUGAGAAAUAUGUUACUUGAUUUAUGAAUCUCAUUCUUUAGUCCAUGCAUUGCUUGCAUUGCAUAUUUGGAGAGAGUCUGUAUCUUGGUUCAUGCAUAUUAAUGACACAAGGAAGGAAGCUGGACAAAUUUAACAGCCUGACUGCUUUCUUCUGAUGACCACAGAGAAACUUCUUCUGUAGAGAAAACAUCUCUCUCUUUUGUAAGUGGAUUCAUUUAUUGGUACUAUUGUUUUUUAAGAUUAUGUAAAGCCCUGCUGAUGUAUUUUAUUUCCUCUGAGGUCAAACAGGGAUGAGAGGAGCAGCUAUGAGUUUGACAGAAGCAGUGAGUGGAUUACAUAUCUUCUCUCUCUUUCUGACAGGUACUGUAAACCCUUAUUCAUGUUGUAGGGCCUUGGCUGAAUAAGAUCAAGCUUGAACUGCACUUUCCCAGAUUUUAUGUUGGGUAUUGACACCAAGUAGUUUAAGCUGUUAAAGAUUCUUAAUUUGCUGCAUGUUGGCGGUUGAUUUGUCUCUGUCAGAUUAUUUUGAAGCAUUUCAGAUGUGUAAAAUGUUUUUAUCUCUGUGAUAUAUAUAUAUAUAUAUAUAUAUAUAUAUAUAUAUAUAUGUAUAUAUAUAUAUAUAUAUAUAUAUAUAUAUGUAUAUAUAUAUAUAUAUAUAUAUAUAUAUAUAUAUAUAUAUGUAUAUAUAUAUAUAUAUGUGAUGUUAGUUUUGUACAAGCGAACUUUUAAUGGUGCAUCUGGGGGGAUGAACUAACUCAGGAAUUAAGUUAGGAAUGCCAGUAUGAGUAAGUAAGAUAAAGUAUACCACUAAAAAGGUCAAAUGCAUUGAGUUUCAUACCCACAGGUGUGACAGUUAACUGCUUUUCUAAAUAUAAUCUACAGUGACUGUCUUCUGUGGUUUACAGUUCUCAUAUUUGUAAAACGGAUGCUUAUCUGACCACAGACUGAACAGAGAAGAACUAACAAAACACAUCAGACGCUCUCAAUGAGCUGAAUAUACUCUCAUGUCUCAGGACUUCCUGAUCUCUAGAUUUCACUUUUUCUGAGACUUUGACUGACUAAAGAGCCUCUCCUAAAUUUUAGGUCUGCAUUAAAAAGCUUAAUGGAAAAAAGUUUGUAAAGUUGUAAAAUGUCUUGUUUUAUUUCUGAUGUUGUGAAUUUGAUUUUUUCCUUCUUCUGUGUUUAGUUGUAAGUGGCGGAAAUGGCUGGAGAGUGUUUUACCCCUCUCCUCAGAUCUGUGCCUUAAAAGGAUCAACGGUGGACAUACCCUGCACCUACACAUAUCCAUCAACAAUAAACCGUCAAAUUACUGAAGUUCAAAGCAGGUUGUGGUUCACUGAAAGAGAUCAUUAUGAACCUGUAGAUCUGAGAGAAACUCCAGCGUACUCAGGUCGUGUUGAGUAUCAUUUGGAUGGGAGCAAAUGCACUCUGAGAAUCAAAGACCUGAGAGAGAGCGACUCAGCUGAGUUCAAGUUCAAGUUCACAACAAACCAGCAAAGUGGAGGUGUUACUGGUUCACCUGGAGUCAAUUUGACUGUCACAGGUAACACAGUUAUUGCAACUUUUUCACAUUUUCUGCACCUUUGCUUUCAUUACUGUUGUUGUUGGUGGUGUUUGUGAACAGUCAAAGUUGAAAUGACAUCACACUCCUUUCCUAUCAUGUCCAGACCUACAGGUGCAGGUGAAAAAAACACAUCCCCAGGCAGAGCUGAGGUGUCACAGCAGCUGUAAUGUGACUGAUAAUCUGUCAUAUAUCUGGUACAAAAACGGAGAGACAAUCUCUAGAGAGACGUCUUUUCUCAGAGUCCCCUUAAAUGAUGUCAACAACUAUUCCUGUGCUGUCAAAGGACAUGAAGAUUACAGCUCUCCUCCAGUGUGUGAGUCAACUUACAUUACAUUUUCAAAAUAUUGAUGUAUUGUCUUAUUUCGACUGAAACUCGGCUUAAACAAUUAUCUGCUUAAAUUGCACUAAACUUCUCAUAGUCAGAGAACAAUAGGCAUGAACACUUAUUUGAAACUUCAACAGAUAAAGACAGGACGCAAAAAAAGACAAAGCUGAAAAGCUGAAAAAGAGGAUGCCGCCUCCUUCUGUGCGGAGGAGAAAUGCUUCUGUCAGUAACUUAAUUUUUGCCUCAGUGCAUGUAAACGGGGACAAGGAUAGAAGUCCUGUUAACUAUCUAUGAACAUUUUUCCUGCAGAUCCUCCAAGGCCUCCCUCCAUGACAGUCACUGCUGCAGAGGAGGGCAGAUCAGUGUAUCUGACCUGCAGCAGUGACGCUAACCCAGCAGCUAAAUACACCUGGUACAAAGAGCAACGCAAUAGCAACCAUGAACUCCUCUGGCGUGGACCUCAGUUAGUCUUCAUCUCCAUCCAGCUGUCUGAUUCUGGAGGGUAUUACUGCUCAGCUGAGAAUGAGCUCGGGUGGAUAAUGUCUCAUCGUGUUGAUGUUCAAGUGAAAUGUGAGUCUAACUGCUUCUUUGAUGGCAGGAAAUUUUCUCAGUUUGAUAUUUGUAAAGAGAUUGUUUUUCUUUUCCAUCAUGUUAAUUUGGGAAACUAGAAGAAACUAAAAGCUGACUCAGAGAGGCUCUCCAGGAUGAUGGUCCCUGUUUACACCACUUCAUUUUGGCAGAGAGAUUUUCCUAGCCACUUUAGUUCAAUUUUUGAAAUGAAAUUGAACUUUUUUGCAUUUUAUCACACAGCAACCUUAAACAGAUCUCCACACUCCUGGUUUUUGAAAAGCUCUUAGAGAGACUGUUUUUUUUUUUAAGCUGAGAACCGUUCAAAACUCAAACACUAAAUUAAAAAGGAUUCAGUGAGGUUUUAAAAACCUCACAGCACAGAAACAGCCCCUCGCUAAACAGAGUGAAUGAUGUCAGACCAAACUUUGACCACAACAGUCCUGAAUUUCUGCUGCUUCUUAACCUCAGAGCUGCUUUUAUUUUAGGAAGAGGAAGUCAGCAUGCUUGAAAUUUGUUUAACUGGUUUCUCUUUUAUCUUUGAGGAAGACAGUUUUUUUUAAUGAUCAUUAGUGACCAUGCUUCAAACAAUGUGAGAAUAUCUGUGGGAUACCACAGGGUUCAAUUUUAGGAACACCACUUUUUAGCAGUUGGCUAGAUACUACAAAAUCCCCCAUGCAGGCUGUUUGAGUUUCUUUUUUUUUUACAUAAUGUCUCCUCUAGAUGGUCCAAAAACAUGUUCUGUUUCGAAGAGUCCCACUGGUGAAAUAAAUGAGAACCAAUCAGUGACUCUUACCUGUAGCAGUGACGGCUAUCCAACACCUGAGUAUACCUGGUACAAGAGUAGUAAGGACCAUCACAGUAAAGGAUCAAAGCUUGUCUUCAGUUCGAUUCAGUCCUCUGACAUUGGAAAGUAUCGCUGUGAAGCAAAGAACGAGCUGGGAAGCAGGACGUGUGGAUACAUUUACAUCAAUGUCAGCUGUGAGUGAGAGUGACUUUAUUUUAAAAGCAACAUUUACCUGAUUACCAUUUUUAUGUUUGCUUUGCUGAUUAUGUGAUUGUAUUGUCCUUAGGCUUCUACAUGAUCUUUUAGUAGAGAGGGCUCAAGAAUCAACAAUAAAGGACAGAAAGGUCUAUUGAGUCAAAGUUUGACCACAUAUUUAAUGAUAUUAAUCACUAAAUUAGCUGGCAGGAAGAAAGGGUUGUCACAACUGUAAAAUAAGAGUUUACUUUUAUGAGGAACAAGCUCAACCUGAUACCUUUGCAUCUUUUUAUAUUGGCAUUUCAACAACUGUGAUAUUCACCUGUCUACAUAGCAUUUUAUCAUGUGUGUUUUCUCCUUCAGAUGCUCCAAAGCUUCCCUCAGUGUCAGCAAGUCCCUCUACUGAGAUAGUGGAGGGGAGAUUAUUGAUUCUGACCUGCAGCAGUGACGCUAACCCAGCAGCUAAACACACCUGGUACAAGAAGACUGGAAAUCUACAACAUCAAACUCUCAACACAGAAGUACAACCCUACUUCAAAUCCAUUAAAGCCUCUGACUCUGGAGAGUAUUACUGCACAACUGAAAACAAGCUGGGGAAGAGGACAUCUGACUCACUUUUCAUUCAUGUUAAAUGUGAGUAAAUCUGUUUAUUGGUUUACAAAGGCCAGUCACUGGUGUUACAUGGGAGUAAAAAAAGCUGUCAUUCCAACUUGUAUUAUUCAUACACCUUGUAAAAUGGUGAAAUGUCUAAAAUUGUGUUUGAUACAAACUCUUUUUUUUCCAGAUGCCCCCAAAAUGAACCAAAUAUUGAUCAGUUCCCCUGAUGAGAUCGUAGAGGGCAGUUCAGUAACUCUGACCUGCAGCAGUGAUGCUAACCCCCCUGCUACUUUCACCUGGUACAAAAGGUCUAGAAAUGUUGAGCGUAAAUAUCUCAGGAAAGGACCACAGCUUGUCCUCAGGUCCAUCCAGUCCUCUGACUCUGGACAGUAUUACUGUGAAGCUGAGAACAAUCAGGGGAGGGGGACAUCUGAUCUCAUCUCUAUUGCUGUGAGAUGUAAGUUACUGACAUUUCAAUAAUAAAACACAUUUUUGAUCAUUCAGUGACCUCUGCAGUAAGUAUCAUAAGAUCUGAAUGUGUUUAAGCAAAGGUUUUUAAUUCCCUCAGAUGCUCCAAAGCUUCCCUCUGUGUCAGUGAGUCCCUCUGCCGAGAUAGUGGAGGGUAGCUAUGUGAUUCUGACCUGCAGCAGUGAUGCUAACCCCCCUGCUACUUUCACCUGGUACAAGAAGAAUGAAAACCCAGACCCUCAACCUCUGGGAGAAGGACCACGUAUUUUCUUCAAAGCCAUCCAGUCUCCUGACUUUGGACAGUAUUACUGUAGAGCUGAGAACAAACUGGGGAAGAAGACAUCUAAACACAUCACUGUUAAUGUGAAAUGUAGGUAGAACAGCUCAUUUAAAGGGAUGAUCAUGUAAGAAAAUAAGGGUUUCUUAUGUCAAAAUCUGCCAUGCAUGACAUUUCAAUCAAAUUUAACACAAGUCACCAGAACAAAUUGAUGCUUUUUCCUCAAAUUUUUGCGUAUCUGUUGUAUUUUAUCAUUUUACCAUUCAUCCCCAGAUCCUCCAAAUCUUCCCAAUAUAACAGUGAGUCCCUCUGCUGAGAUAGUGGAGGGCAGUUCAGUAACUCUGACCUGCAGCAGUGAUGCUAACCCAGCUGCUAACUAUACCUGGUUUAAGGAGCAUGAAGACUCGCGAAAAGCAUCAGGACAGAUCUUCACUCUAAGCAACGCAAAACCUGAACACAGUGGGAAUUAUGUUUGUUUUGCCCAAAAUGAAAGAGGACGUCACAACUCCACAGUUCAUCUGACUGUUGAGGAAGGUAAGUUAAACACUCAGCUACAUGAGUCCCAAGAUGCCAGCUGAUUUGUUGGCAUGGGCACAGAAUGCCUAUGAGCUUUGGGUCACUAGGUCUUCUUUGUAGGUCCUGAGGUCAGGUUUUGUCAGAUAGGCUUUAGAAACCAAAGGUCAGUGUCAGGAGCUGGCUUUGGCCCAAUGGUACAGUCGGGCUUCUCUCAGUCCAAAGGUCAGUUCAAUCCCAGAUCCAACAGUCUCCAUGACACCAUGUCGCUUCACCAUCCUCUGCAGUGGUGUGUGAACAGGAUUAGACAAAACUGAUGGAUGCUUUACAAAGCAGCCUCUGUGUGUGAAUGUGGUGUGAGUGGGUGAGAGUACUAUGUUAUAUAAGGUGCCCGGAGUGGUCAGAAAAGAAAAGGAUGUGCUAGACGAACACCCCAUGUACCAUCAAGACUACAUCCACGUUUUUCACAAGUCUUCUGAAGACUAGACUUAGACCUUAAGAAGGGUUUGACACUAUUUGUGCUGUUUCAUUUAUCACUCAAGAGUCUAUUUGUUCCAUUCAAUCACUUUUUUUCAGGGGUAUGGAAGCUGAUAACUGCUGCCACGGUCCCCGCCAUCACAUCUGCUCUCAUUUUCAUCUUUGUUAUUAUAUGGAUCAUGUAAGUGGUCCACUUUAAAAUGGACUCAUUUUACAAUAUUGGUAUUAUGGUUUAAUUACUUUUAUGGGUGCGUCUGACUAGAAAGAAGAGGACCUGUAAAAAGCAGUGUGAGCCCAGAGAGAGCGCAGAGAGCGGUGUAGAGGUGAGGCUGUUAAAAAAAUGAAUUCCAUAUAGUUAUUUGAGGACUUAAAUCUGUUACUUUUUUGUAUGCAAAAGUUAUCCUAAUUCUCUUCACUGAUCUCUGAUUAUAAACUUAAAAAAUCUGGACUGAACAGAAAUCUAAAUUUAUCAACCAAAAGUGCAGCAAACAUGUCCAAAAGGGCCCCUAGAAGUUCUGAAUUUGAGCACAACCCACAUUAGGAAAAAGUAACCUUUGAGAGUUUGUGUUGAGUAUCUUGUGUUUCUUCCGUGACUCAUACCAAUUUCAGAAUAUUUUAGUAUUUAUAAUAAUAGAAGAAUAUUUAAGUUUGUUUAGAAAAUUGAAUUUGGAGGCAUGGACAGUGACAGCCCAGAUAGCUUCUGAAAUUGUCUUCAUCCGACCAACGUUCACAGAUCCAACUGGAAGAGCAGCAAGAUGACCUUCAGUAUACCACUGUCCGCUUUUCUAAAAUUCAAGAGGGAUGUAUCUACUUCAACAUCAAACCAGCUAAGCCUAAAAGAAACAGGGGAACAAAACAGGAGAAUAAAACAGCCGAACGAAAGGAGGAAGAGCUUGUUUUGUACUCUGCUGUUGUAUAAAGAGUACCAGAACAUCCCAGAGGUAAAAGAUUAUUUUAUAUCAUAAAAGUCCUACAGUUUUUGUUUCAAUUGUUUUUUUUAAACUAUUGCUUUAAUGUGAUACUUUAGGGGCUGUUAAGAUCCUGUAAACUUUAUUUUCCUUUUCUCCCAUGACCAGCCUUUAGGAGACUGUGGAGGAUCAGACUGCAUGAACAUGAUGAGACCGCUGUUCUACAUUUAUCCAAGAAAUGUCCACAGAAAGUCUCUCUGAGCCUUAAAGCCAAUUUCUCAUGGGAGGAAAGUCAAAGUUCACUGUUUUACCAGUAGUUAUUACAGAUGUAGGCAAAGACUAUGUGGAAGUAUGAAGCUUUGUGUUUGACUUAGCAUUAGAAAUCUGUAACAGGUAUAAAAAAUUGCAAAUUUGUAUUUUCCUUUAUUGUACUUUGCAAUAAUCUUAAGUUUUGAUCUCCAGCAUUGUAAAACAUAUAUUCUUUCUUAUUUUUACACAUUGUCUUAACAUUUUAGGUGUUCAAACAUUGUUUUUAUCUUGGUGUUUUUUUUUUUUUGUCUUUUUUAAAAUAAUUUACCUGAUGUUCAUACCUGAUUUAAAGGUAAUUAAAACAACAAUACUUGGUUACUGUUUGGUAUAAUCUCUAAUAGGUAACAGUGUAGGACAGCAGUAGCAAAUAUAUCAACUGAAAAUUCUGGUCAAGCUGUAAAACUCCUUGAUAUUAGAUGUCACUGCAGCACAGGCAGAAGCAAAACAGCAUGGAGUGAAGUCCUGGCAGGUAAGGGCCUGAGUAAAACUGAGUAAUUUCUGAUUUAGAGUAACAAUUUUAGCUAUAAUUUGAGUGUCUUUGUGAUUUGCAGUGUUACCAGUGAAAUCACCACAGAGUGAGGUUGUGGAAGAUGUUGGGAAGUUGGAAACAUUUACCUACAAACAUUUUAUCAAAGCAAAUACCAUAAUGUCCCACAGCCCCCUUAAAGGGAUUAGCCUUUUAUUUAGAAGCUCUCAAUCUAUCUGACACAUCCCUGUUUUUUUUGUAAACUGCUUGUGUGUGUUUGAUUUAAAAUAAAAUCUGGAUUGGAUCCUUUCUGUCCUCAGAGCUGAUACCGAAGUUGCCAUAUCUUAUUCUCCUGGAUACAAUACUCUCUGUUUCUGUAAAGUCACAAAUGUGAGACAGCUCUGCUAAAGCUAGCAAACGCUUUGUUGAUGCUUGUUGAUGCUUGCAUGCAUUCAGUCUUUGUACCCCGUGUAUUUGUGUGCAUUCUUUGACAUAAACAAAUAAACAUGAUAUUUUGCUCAAUAUGAGACGGGGUUAGGGUUUCUGGUUGAGUGUUAGAUCAGUUUAAAACUAAUACAAGGUUCUGUCUGUAAAUAUUAAAUUCUUCUUUUUUCUGCAAUACGGUGUACCCCAGGGGUCAGUAUUAGGGCUUAUUUAAUUUGGCCCUCUCAUGCUCCCACCAUAAAAGUUGAGUCGUAUACAGAUGAUAUGCAGUUGUACCUCUCUGUCAGUACCACUAUGACAAACUGCCUAUCUGAAACUAAAAGCUUGAUGUCUAUUGGUGUUUCAAUGACAGCUGAUCUACAACUGUAUUCAGUUAUUGAGAUCACAGGAUUUAAAUAUGUUAAAGGUGAUAGGGCCUUGAGAUAAAUCCUCUCUAGUCCACAUUUCAGCAGUAAAGUCAUACCAGCCCUUGAACAGACAAGGCUGCUGCUGUUCAAAGCUUGUGAGGCAUCUGCUGUUGCUCUGAUGGCUGAUGGAGGGACAUCUAGAGCUACCGAAAACUACUUAGUGUAGUGUUUUUAAUGCUGUACAUACAAGUAGAAGUAGAACUUUUUUAUUUAUUCCAAAGGAGAAAUUCAAUUGUCUGUAGUCUCAUUUGUCAUGUCUCUAAAAGUCAUCUACUAUUUAUUGAAGAGUUGUAAAGUCUGAUGGCUGUGGGUACAAAAGUUCCUCAGAAUCUUUCUAUCCUGCAGUGAAGAGAGAGGAGCCGUCCACCACCAUUGGCCCUUUGGUCCAUCAAGGUGUUAUGAAGGUGAUGAUCCAUGUUCUUCAGAAUAGUCUCCACCUUCCUCAGUGUAGAUCUCUCCACCACAUCCUCCACUGAGUCCAGCUUUAGUCCAACCACAGAGCCAGCUUUUUUCACCAGUUUGUUCGGACGCCUUGCAUCUUUGUGUUUGGUGCUUCCUCCCCAGCAGACUGCAAGCAUAGAACAGAAUGCUGUAGACACCACAGACUGAUAAAACAUCUGCAGCAUCUCACUGCAUAUGUUUAUUGAUCAUAGUUUUCUCAGGCAAAAGAGGCAGCUCUGCCCCUUUUUGUAAAUGAAGUCUAUGUCCAGUAUUAUCCAGGUGUACACCAAGAUAUAAGAUGACACCAUCUCGAUGUACACGCCACAGGAGUUCAUUGGCUGUGGGGGUUUGGGUCUGCAGAGCUCUAUAGCUUCCACUUUUGACCCACGGCAUUAAAGCUAUUACUUUAACAGAUAACAUUUGUCUUUAUGCUCCACUAUCAGCCCUGAGUGUAAAUUGUUAGAGGCACCAAUUUCAAAAUUUAGCUGCACACAGGUUUAGCAAAAACUCUUUUUUCACAUUAGAGCUUUAAGUUGAUGUGUUUUUUGUAACUGGUGUUUGGCUGUCAUUGAUGUUAAUCACUCAGCGAGGAAGGAAACUCAGUCAUCUGACACCCUGAUUUCCUCCUUCUGCUAAGUGACUGUGGGGUAAGGCAACAGUAAAGACAGAAUUAUUCAGUAUUGUAAGCAAAAUAAUUCAUCUAUCUCAGAAUUUAAUGUGAUUUUUUCAAAACAGAAAGACGGGAGGAGCAGUGAUGAGUUUGACUGCAGCAGCAAGUGGAUUUAUCGUCCUCCUUCUCUUGGUGUCAGGUAUUUCAUACACAAAACCCUUUGUAACAAAUUUUAGGCUUGUGUUUUUUCAUCCUGGACCUCUAAAUUGUGUUAUUUCAAUCAUUUUGUCAGUGUGAAUCAUUUUGUAAUGGACAUUAAUACUGAUUUGUUAGCUCACAAUUUUUUUUAACUUUUUUAUGAUUGAUCUGUAGCGAGUUAAACCACUUAAGAUCACACCAAACUAGACCAUGUUUUUGACUUUAAAAAAAGAGUUUCUAUCUCUUUAAUUUCUAUGAUUACAUAACUAGUGUCAACAGGACUGUGACUUUUUGGAGGGAAAAGAGUCCCACCAGAUUUGUUUCCAUUUGCAGUAAAUCGGAGAGUCCAACUUCACUGUUUGUAUGGGUGCUAAAUAAAUUCAUAUAAUCUCAGCACAAAAAAAAUAAAUAAAAUAAAUGAUUAAAAAGAAGAAGAUAAAGAAGAAACACCACUACUGUGACUUUUUUUAAACCAUAAUAUUUGACUUUAUUCUUGUAUUUCAGUGAUCCAGGGUCAGAAUGGCCUGGUUGUGACUUACUCCCCUACUCAGAUCUGUGCCACUAAAGGAUCAACAGUGGAACUAAGCUGCAGCUACUCACAUCCAGCAUCCACAAUUCAUACCACAGUCGAGAGAGGGUUCUGGUUCACCAAGCUGAAGGAUGGCCAGCCUCUUGAUCUGACACUGGACUCGGAUUAUGACGGUCGUGUGCAGUAUCAUUGUGGUGAACACAACUGCACUGUGAAAAUCAAAAACCUGAGAGAGAGCGACUCAGGUGAGUACAAGUUCAUGUGCUUGACAAGUCAAAGAAGAGAGGCUUUUACCAGUGCAGCUGGAGUCAGACUGGAUGUGACAGGUAUUUUAAUUCCUAAUCUUUCCCAAAUACUUAAAAUAGCUACAGAUGGACUGGAUCUUUCAUUUGUAUCUGUCUAUGUUGAUGAUCUAGUCUGACUUCAUGGUUCUUAUUUCUCCCACUUGUCCAGAACUGCAGGUGACAGUAAAGGGAUCAUCGACUCACGCAGAGCUGAGGUGUCUCAGCAGCUGUUUUGUAACUGAUAAUUCUUGGUAUGUUUGGCUCAGAAAUGGAGAACAAAUCCAUAGAGGCCCUUUUUUUAGAGCCCCUGUUAAUGAGAACUACAAAUACUCCUGUGCUUUUCAAGAAAACCAGAAUCAUCGCUCUCCUGCUGUGUGUAAGUUUUCCCAUCCUUACCAUCUUGAAUUAAAUGUCACUUACGAAGUUUAGGUUUUUAGGAUGUUUUAUGCACACAUCUAAUUGUGCAAUUGAGUCCCUGUAGCGAGAUAAUUGAGGGCAGUUCAUGAAUCUGAUCUGUAGCAUUGAUAAUAAUCUAGCAGCUGAUUACAGCUGAGUUAGGAGGUCACAGCGUCAGGCUUUUAGCCUGCAAAGAACCACAGCGUUUCCACAGCCUGAUCAGCUCUUCUGAUUCUGGUGAGAAUGUUCAGCUAUUAUCAAGUUUCAGGACGUCUUAACAGCUUCACAGGACAGCUUGUACUGACAGCGAAAGGCCUCUAUUCACGUGUUUACAGUAAAAAAUGUACUCAAGAUUCGUAUACAUCUAAAUCAGCCAGGUUAUGUUAUUAAACAAGUUCUUAAAAUGGGCAAAAAUGUAGAAGACUAUGGUUAAAGGUGCAGUGUGUUGAAUAAGGAUAUCUAACGACAUCGAACUGGAAGAUUCAAGAAUGGAACACUCCCUCGCCAACUUAUCUUGUCACCAAGGCAACGGCGGCUGUCAAGAACCAAGAAAUUUAUGCAAUAACGAUGGCAUCAUCCACAACAGACGCAAGUAAUUGAACAGUUUGAAGGGAUAAAGUAGUAAUGUUUUUAGUUAUUUAAUCUAAAUAAAUACAGUUCAUAGUUCAGUUUUAAGAUAUCAAUUAUGAGUUUUUACAAAAUUAAAGUGGUAGUACAGUCAUAACACAAGGAGGUUAAAGUCAUGAUGUGAGAGUUAAGUAUUGAUUAAGUCAAGUACCAGUAAUCUGAUUAGACUGAGCAAAAUGCUGAGAUGUGUGGUAUCCCCCUUUAAAACAACAUCAUGUGGAUAAUCGGUGGAGACUUUGAGUAUUGUAGUUAAACGACAAUGAGCUGUAAGAUAAAUAAUGAGAUUUUGGCACUUCGUUCUCCAACCUACCCAAUGAAUAAUAAAACACAUUUGGUUCUUGCUAGUUUGUCCAUUUUGAGCUACUGUAGUAAACGGUGCCACUUGGCCGCCUCCAGAGCGAGGACCUGCUGCUUCUCUAACCUAAAAGAUUUUCCCAAGUUGUUAGAAAUAAAAUGAUUUGGAUGUUUCAUUCCAUAUAAGCUAAUUUAAACACACUUCUGCAUAAUGAAUUUAAUUUCUUUGAAAAAAUGUCACAUAUUCUACACAAUGUACCUUUACAAAACAAAAAAUGAACCAAAAUCAUCAAGUGUUUCAGAGAAAGCACAAAAGACCUUGCAGGGUUAGGGUUAGCCCUUGCUUGGAGGCUGUUGUCCUUGUCGCACUUUCAAACCCAGCAUGAUGUGAUUUGUGUCAAUGUCCGUCUCUCUUUUGACUUUUUCUGUCUCUCUCAAAGCUUUUCUUUCUAUAAAAGAAAAAAAAAAAACUAUUUAAAUGUAUUAAUGCCCAUCUAGCACUGAAAUGCUCAUUUUCUCUUGCAGAUUAUCCACAGGAAUCUGCUGUGUCAGUGAGUCCUUCAGGUGAAAUCAUAGAGAAUCAACCUGUGAUGCUCACCUGUAGCAGUGAUGCUAAACCUGCAGCAAAAUACAGGUGGUACAAGAAUAAUGGGCUCACAAGUCAGCCUUACGUGUCAAUGGCACAGGCCAACUUCAGCUCCAUCAAGGCCUCAGACUCUGGAGAGUACUUCUGCAUAGCUGAGAACCAGCUGGGGAGAAGGGCGUCUGGAUCUGUCUUUAUCAAAGUCAAAUGUGGGUAAAUCUGCUCAGUUAUUUUACGAGUCAGACAGAAAAAAGCUCAUAAUCCUUAUAUCUUUUCUGACAAACUUCCUUUUGUGUUGCUUACCUGUCAUUGGGACAAGAUAGCAAGUAAAUUUGCUGCAUUUUCCCUGAAACAAUACCUCACAUUUACUUUUUUUUUUUUUUUUUUAAUUGCAUUUUUAUCUGUAAGUGCAGUUUGGAGAACAUUUCUCUUAUUUGAAAGACUUUCCACCAUUUUCUCAACUUGAGAAACUCUAAAAGGGGAACUUUGGUAUUUUUCACCCUGAGCUUUAUUUUCCUAUGUGUUUGUGUGUAUUUCACUGAUGUGGGGAACAGUUUCUGAAAUUGGUCCAGUAUUGAGGGAGAGUGGAGCAGCUGGCAGCCGCAAAACGAGUUAUAAUGCAGUUUGACUGGACAAUAACCGGGUCCUCUACAAGUGCUUUAUUUCACCUCUGACUGACAGGUUCAGAAUGUGAAUUUAAAUAGCUGAAGUGCGGAUAGUUUACAGCUCUGUCAGUACAAUAAUAAAACACAUUUUUUCCUUUCAGAUGCUCCCCAAGAGACCUCAGUGUCAGUUAGUCCCUCUGCUUGGAUAGUAGAGGGCAAUCCAGUGAAUCUCAUGUGCAGCAGUCAUGCUAAUCCUGCCCCUGAAUACAGCUGGUACAAGAUGACAGGAAGCAGGAGAAGCAAACCCUUCAGCAAAAGCUCUCAACCUUACUUCAGGUCCAUCAAGUCCUUUGACUCAGGAAAGUAUUACUGUACAGCCAAGAACCAGCUGGGGAAGAAGACAUCAGACCACAUCUUUAUCGAUGUGAAAUGUAAGUGAAACAAGUCCUUCAAAAGCAGCAUUAAGAUGAAUCUGUCAGCAUUUUUGAAGCUUCCUCUGCUGAUCAUGAGUACUUUUUUUACACCUGUGUGUCCAGGGCUUUCAGUUCUUUAAAGACUUGCGCUUGAUCAUUUUUAAGCCCAUCAUGAACUACUUCUGUGAAGCACUAUAUUUCCACUGACAAGUGUUACUUGAUAGCCCCUGGUUGAUGGAGCUGAUGAAGAAGAGGUCAGUUCUUGAGCUUCCUUCACUGGAAAGCAGCAUUCUUAAAGGUAUAUGAUAUGAUAGGAGUGACUUAUCACUGAAGGUGGGUAUUUCAUACAGAAUCACAAUACAAUAUGUAUCAUGAUAUGAUACAAUACAUAUCCCAACACAAAGGCCAGCAUACAAAACAUAUCAUGAUAUGAUACAUAUCCCAAUACAUUACAUGUCCUGAUACAGAAGCUAUCAUAUAGCCAUAGCCAUCAUAUACCUAUCAUAUUAUGUGAUAUGGUGCAUACCAUGAUACAAUACAUAUCCUAAUAUAGAGGCCAGCACACAAAACAUAUCACGAUAUUGCACACAAAAAAAUUGUACUGAGUAAAAGCAAAGGCUGGUUUUAAGCACCCUUCAUUUGUUGUGUUGCAGCUGAUUUUUAUACUAAGUGCUUUUAGUUUUGCACAGUGUAAUGUCUUUUGGGGUCUACUGCCACCUGAUGGCUUUAUUUUGCAUUAUGCCAUAGGCAACAUGGUCUCUCAAAACUGUCAUUACAUUAUUUGUGGCAGGACCAGUUUUAUGACCUGUGCACUGAUGUGCAUUGAUAGGGGGCACAUGUCGAUGUAUUGCCAUAUUGAUUCUUUGAGCUCACUCCACUGAUCACGACUCAAGGCCAUGGGACUCUAAAUGAUGAAUGAGAACUAGACUGAAAAUAAAAUUCUUUUUCUGACCAGACAUUAAGACCAGAAUGUCACAGGCUUGACAGCUAUUAGGACUGUACUGUAUAUCUAAUAUUUUAUAAGAUUGACAGCCUUUGUAAUGACUGUUGUGUUAAAAAAUACAUAUUUUUCCUUUACAGAUGCCCCAAGGCUUCCCUAUGUGUCAGUGAGUCCCUCUACUGAGGUAGUGGAGGGCAGAUCGGUGACUCUCACCUGCAGCAGCGAUGCUAACCCUGCAGCUAACUAUACCUGGUUUAAGGACGAUGAAAACGUUCCACAAGCUUCAGGACAGACCUUCACCAUCACUGACUUUAGUGCCAACAAAAGUGGGAAUUACUACUGUGAAGCACUGAACACAAUAGGGCAUCAUAGUUCCUUCUUACAUCUGACCGUUGUUUCAGGUGAGCAACCAAUCCUUUGAUCAUUAUUGAUAGAGUGCCAGUUCACAACAAGUGUUAUCCAGAGCAUAAGCCUAGACCAUACUCUAUUUACCAAGACCGAUGUAAAGAUGGGACCAGACUGAGUCCCAUCACAUAAGAUCAGACCCACUCCCAUCCCAGAUGAGUAAAACAUUUUGCAGCAUUUAAAAAGUUACAGAGGAGAGGAAAAACUUCCUUUAACAGGCAGAAACUUAAAGCAGAACCAGACUUGCGUUAGAUUGCAUCUGGUUUAGAGGAGGUAUAGAGGGAGAUGCGGAUUGAAAGAGAAUCUAUGAGCUGACAUUCCCAUCCCAUCAUUAUCAUUGAUUAUGUUUCAAUCCUCAGUAAGAAUGUUGAAGGAAAACCUAAUUUUCCAAGGUACAGAAAAUGAUAGAGCUGCACAAACAUGUUUUCUCUGCAAAGAAAUAUCAUUUUAGGUGUGUCAAAUGUCCAUCUUUAAUUCUAGGGGACUCAAUAUUAAGAAUAAAUGUCAUCAGGUUGACUCUGUUGCCCUUGGUGCUGAUCCCUCUGCUCCUCCUGAUUCUGUGGUCCAGGUAAAACCAUGAAAAAUCAUCUGUCACCUCUCCUUUAUCUUCUUCACCACAUGCCUGAGUUUCAAUUUUUGACUUUUCUAAUGUUGAAAGUUAUUUGUUGUUUUUUUUUAGGAAGAAAAAGACUCUGAGCUCCACUAGUGAGCCCGUUAAACCUGCAGAGAUGAUAGAGGUGAGACUCAGGGAGACGUCUGAUGAAGUACUCUGGAAGUGGUUAAGAAAUGGAGGGAGUUUAAGAUCGAAAUAAACCUUUGGGGGAUUUUUAAGUAAAUCUAAAACAAGAUAAAACUUUUCACUAAACAAAAAUCUCAUCACUUGUCAUCAGUUAAACCCCAGUCCUAAGAGUGAGGACAUCUCAGCUGUCCCUUCAGCACAGGCAGAGGACACAGAGGAGCAGGAAGACAUUGUGUGAGGUCCAGUCCAGGCUAGAUCCUCCUAAACUGAAGAAAAACAGAUGACCUCUUUACAAGGCUGGGACUCACUGAGGAGAAUAAGGCUGCAGAUGAUCUUUCACUGCUAAAUAUGAUAUGAAGGAUUAAAUCUUACAAUUAACUAUAUAUUUAAUUAUAUUUGUAAGUUGAUAAUUAUCUUGUUUUUCCUCAUUUGGACUGCCUGGGUUGUUGUACUUUCAGAUUUUCUAUGAGUGUUGCACAAUAUUGUUAAUUUUAGUAAAUCUCUCUUGUUUCAUAUUUCUCAUUUUCCACCAACAUGUCAGCCCCCAGACUUCAGUCUGUUGUCAUCUAUUAUCUCAUCCAUAUAUACUCUGCUGUUAUUAGUAUUGUAACCUUAAUUCACUCGCAUUAUGUGCUGUUAAAUAUGCAAAUAAAUACUCCAUCUACGAUCAGUUUCAGGUGAUUUAACUGAACAACCAUCCUUGACCCUGUUUACGAGCACCAGACAAAAAUUGAUUUAUUGACAGAAGCAUCUACAGCAAGUGGCGAAAUGUCAGGUGGGCUGUCACCUGGUUGACCUGUUACUACCAAAAAUAAUCAACAAAAUGCAUUAGCAGGUGACCAGUGGGUAAACGAACAAUGAAAACACUGUCACUUUUCACAGCUGAUUUGUCUUUUUCUACAUUUAUGCUGUUUGACUUGUGAGACAAAGCUCGAUGUGCAUGAGCAGAACACUUUUAGUCCAAUAAGUUCAUAAACAUGAAAGAGGAAAUCAAACCUUGGCUGCAUUUUCUAGGUAUGUGUGAUUUCAGUUGAGUUAGUGAUUCAUUCACCAAUGAAAGUGAUAAUUUUUUCAUUUGCUCCUAGUCUGACCUCUAGUGACAACUCAAACACUUGUGUCCAAAUAUUAAUGAGUUCCCUCUGUUCAUCUGACUUUUUAUACAGAGCUCGUUCACUGACGUCAUCAGGGGGAGGACAUCCUGUCUCAUAUUACCCUGAUAUUUAUUUUCUGCUUAAUGACUGAAGAGUGAGGUGACAACAAGAAGUGUCUCUUUUGGCAUUUUAUGCUUAAAAAUAACUGAUAGAGUCCAAUGUUGUAUUUAUGAUUUUAUCUGACCACUUAUCACUGAGGAAGGUGAUGAGUUCAACCACAGCAGUGAGAGGAUGCCUCAACUUCCUUCUCGCUGUGUCAGGUAUCUACCGUUGAUCUUUUAGCACAUGAAGUAGAAACUUGAUCAAUCUGAUGUGAGUUUAACUCUUGUUUAACUUUACAGAUGUUACAGUUUGCCUUUUUGUUUAUGGGUAACACGUGUGUUUCUCAAUGUGAUUUGUGUUACAGUGACACACGGCCAGAAUUACUGGAUGAUUACUCACUCUCCUACUCUGAUCUGUGCUUUAACAUACUGCAUCUUCACAUACCAAACAAGCAGCAAUAAGGAAGUAAACAAAACAUUCAGGUACACUUAAAGAAACUGGGAUGAAUUCACAGACCUGAGAGAGAGCGACACAACAGAGUACAAGCUUAGAUUAAUAAUAAAUGGUAGCAGUCAAUCUAGAGUCUGUAUGUACGUCACAGGUAAAGUUUUACAGCAUUGAUACACACUUCAUAACCAUGAUCAGAUCUUAAUGUGAAGGUGAGCGAAAACACAAGGGGCUCUAUUUUGGUGCCUCGCCGGAGACGUGCCGCAAGCGCAGAGUCAAUCAGAUCCACCGCGCUGACAAGGCGUUCCCAAGCACAUUUUGGUAUUUUGGUGAGCCGCGCAGCCCGGCGUAAGUAUCCCCCCUCCCUAACUCAGCUCCUCCCGGCAGCAUAAAUCAUAGAAGGGGAGGAGAGAGGGCGUAUAGGGGUUUAACACAGCCGAGACCUGUUUUCACCAAUCACAUAAGCUCCUCUCCUUGCCUUUAAAUCCGCCACCGGCGAGGCGAUUUACUAUUUUCAUGAAGUAGUCAAAGAGAUCAAGAGAUGUCUGAAGACAGUAAUGCCACAAGAUGGCGACAGAGGGCAGCUGCUCAACAAGUGUCCUCCACACUCUCUCAUCUGAGCACAGAUAGAUUUGGUGUGCGUAAUGUUGGACCCACUGGUAAGACAAACACCCUUUUCCACAAAUAAAGACACUCACAUAAAGUUGCAUAUAUUCAAACCUCACGUGACAAAGGUGGGUUUAGCGCACAGAUCACAACAUAAACUCCAAAAAUGGCAUUAAAAUUGGAACCAUCUGUGCGUGAAUGACGCAUCGCGCUCCGUGGCCUGGCUCUUUCUUUCAUAGAUGUUGGCAUAUAAAAUAAAUUUGGCCCACAAAACUGAAUAUUAUAAUAUCCGUAUGUCGGCUUAAAGUAGAUAACGCAUCUGAGCACUGAAACAAAUCAUCUGUUCAGCCGCAGCAGCUGCAGCAAGACGGACAGAGGACACGGAGACGUGUCCAGGUCGAGCUGUGCGAGAAAUAAGAGGAAGAAAGAAAAGGAGGGAGACACAUUAUAUAUCUUGUUAACUUCAUCAUGUGUGUUUAUUUACUAGAUAUUUAAUUUGAUUUGAUGCAGUUUCAGCUGUAUUGAUUCGGUCAGGUUGUGUGCCCAAACGCGUGCCAAACGCGCUCAUCAGAUCAGAUAUAGAUCAGAAUAUAUCGAUAUAGAUCUAAAUGUAUGUGCUGACUCAGAUUAAUAGUUGAUGAUGAUUAUUUAUUGCACUGAAAUGUGCCUGACACUGUGGAAACCUGCCGGUGAGGCAUCAGUGACGUAUGUCGAUACGCCGCCGGUCUACCAAAAUACUACUAGACCAGCUGCGUUCCGCCUUGCGCUGAAAGCUGACCAGGUUUGAAUCGGCGAGCUUUCAGCGCACGUUACACGCCGGUGGCGAGCACGAAAAUGUCACUGCGCCAGCUGAUUCUGUCAACACCUCCCCCUGCCACGCCACCACGCCCAGCUUGGCGGAUCUCGGCUCGCCUCUGUGCGAAUCAGUCCAGGAAAAUACCAAACUCGCCUUACGCCGGGCUCCACCAGACGAAAAUACAACUGCGCGGGGCUCGCCGCCCUCCGCCGCCUCACCGGCGCGAACGAAAAUAGAGCCCAAGGAGGUUUGACCCUGGAAUGUCACAGUAUAGUUGACCUGAAGGUACUUCAUAUGUCUGGUUCAAAGGCGGACAAAAAUUUGACCAUGAAAAAUCAUCAAGUUAUGACCCUGACCAGGUUCUUCAUGCAGACAGAUUUUCCAGUGCUGUAAAAGGAUGUUAGGAGUUAAAUUCUUUCCUGUUUCCUCCUCCAGAUGCCCCAAAGUUUCCCUUUGUGUCAGUGAGUCUGUUUACUGAGAAGUGGAGGGCAGUUCAGUGACUCUGACCUGCAGCAGUUAUGCUAACCCUGCAGCUAGAACCACCAGGCACAAGGAAAACAACACCACAUUUCAUGCAGCAGGAAGGAUUUAUAAUUUCUCUCCAUUAGCUGAGUAGAAAACAUUAGAAAGUCUGCUGUCCUGGCGAUGCAGCUCCAAAGGACUGGAACACUUGCUGAAAAUCACCACAUAAUGGGUAUAAAUAUGAUUCAUCAAUGACUCACUCAUUGGGUUUAGGUCCUGAUUCAGCUUCUGAAAUAUCAAAUAUUUCACUUUACUCUAGAGGAGAUGUUAAAGUUUCACAUUCGGACUCCAGAAUCCAGAUCCACAGAUCAGUCCUCUCCACGUCUAUGUAGGCUGUAUGCUCAGGCUUUGGCUCAAGUUGUCAGUGAUCCAUCUUCCCAGCAGGGUUUGGAUCCCCACAGGUAAACUAGAUGCUCCUGUUGAUAGGAAUUCAGGAAAGAACCAGCUCUUUCAGUUCCUGAACCAUUUAACUCACAAGAACCAUGACGGACACGUACUUCCUAUAACAGCGAGGAUCUUCUCACCAGUAUUUGAAUCAUCAUUUCUGUUAACCGCUCACAGAGGAAGGACAUCUCACUGUUUGAUGCCCUGAUAGCGCUUAUCUACUCAUGAACUGCAAAGGAGAGGCACCUUUAAAUUGGAGAUCAUUAAUCAGUGUAAGCUGCCAUUUUAUUGAUAAGUCUGAUCGAUUUUAAAGUUUCAUGUUCUCAGUGUUUUGUCUGCUGGUUUGUUGUAUUGUCUUUCAGGCCACAGAGAAAGAGGAGAGGAGCUGAGAUGAGUUUAACUACAGCAGUAACUGGAUUUAUUGUCCUUCUUCUCUCAGUGUCAGGUACCUUCAUAAUAUUUCCAGUUCAACUUGUCAUGUUUAAUAGGGAAAACUUAAGUAAAUUAAGAGACUGAUUAACAUAGAAUCACAGAUUCAACCGUUUUGAUCAGUUAUGAUGGGUGUGUGCUCUUGUGAUGGACAGCUCCCUAACCGUACAGUUACAAUGUAGAAACUGUCAAGUUUGUCAAGUAUGUCAAGUUGUGUUUUUCCAUCCUUUUUGGCAUCAUUCUUUUUUUCAAAAAAAUAUAUGUUUUUAUAUUCAGAUUUUUUAAAGCUUAGUUUUGCAUCAGUUAGAGAAAAACCUGAACUUUUGAGGGAGAAAUUGAGUUUUCUUUACAAAGAUAUCUGACCUUUUUUUUUAUUUUUUGAGUGAGUUGCUUUCCAGUCAAGACUCUCUCCGAUUUUUAUCUGUCGUCUUACAUCUGCGUCAAACCCUGCAGAUGUAAGGUUUGACAUUUCCAUGUUAUAUUGAAGCUCUUAUCUCAUCUUUGAGUAGUAGCAGCUGCUCAGUUUUUCACACCUCAGAGCUCUGCAUUUAUUUUUAACUUUAACACUCCAUCAGCAGCAAAGUCGGCACAGAGGAGACUGUGCGGAUGCUGCACUAGCUUGGCGCCCUCCUGUGGACAGUAGCAGUCUUUGCCUCUCUCAAAGAUAUUCUGUCAAUCUGUGGGUGGUGCUAUGAUGUACUUUGGGCAAUAGUACAGCAUCCCUGACACUGUUAACAAGUGAGGAACUUCCACAGAUAACAGGGAGAUCAUGCAGACAAUGUUAUCACAGCAUGAAUUAUAAAGAAAUGUGAGAGACCUUUCAAUUUUCUUUUUUAAAUGGCAAAAAUACACUUACCUUUAUAGGCUAAAGUGAUGAAAAUAAUCAAUAUUUAAAUACAGAUUCAAAAACGAAUGGAACAAAUUAGAAUAAAAUGAGGUUUUAUUAAUGAAAACUGAAUAGUUAUACUGUUUUGGUAAAUCCAUUAAAUAUAUAUUCAUUUUGGAAGCUUGAGAGUUAACCAAAUGUGGUCAAAAUACUGGCGAUGGAUGUCAACUUUUACAUAAAAUGCUAGUGGGGGAAGAGUUAGGUAGCAUCUUCUGAAACGUUUCUCAACUUGCAAACUUUUGACAACCAAAUGUAUCAUUUUGUUCAUUUAAAAAAAAGUCUGUGUACUAUCAGCUUUGCAUGAAAUAUUCAUGAUAAAUGACACAUUUCAUUGUCAAAAGUGAGCAGGAAGCCAAAAUUGACAUAAUGAAAGUUCCUCACACAAACUUUAAGUCUGACACUUUUUCUCAUUUUUUUGUGUUAAUGUGGAUUGUGUUUUCUGUUCUGUAUUACAGUGGUUCAGGGUCAAGGAAGCUGGAGAAUGAGUUACUACCCAGAUGAGAUCUGUGCUCCUACAGGAUCAACUGUGGAAAUACACUGCAGCUUCACUAAGUCAGCCGCAAUACAUACGAGUGAUAACCUUAUUGAAAAAGUAUGGUUGGGCCAAAAAGACGGCCAUGAAAACCAUGCUGUUGAGACAGACUCACAGUAUGCAGGUCAUGUGAAGAACAUCUGUGUCCGGGACACAUGCACUCUGAGAAUCAGAGACCUGAGAGAGAGCCACUCAGCUAAGUACCACGUCAUGCUCAUAACAAGCCAUUACAAACAAGUUGGUCUUCAAGGAGUCCCCCUGUUUGUCACAGGUAAAUUUUCCGCUUAAGAAUCUACAAGGUCACCUUUUUUGAAAAUCUCUAAAUAAUUGUGUUAUUAUGAUCACUUAUGAACACAUGUUCAGCUCUGCAGGUAGAGGUGCGCAGAUCACAUGACACGUUAUUACUGGAUUGUAUCAGCAGUUGCCCCGAUGAUACUGUCUUCACAUGGUUCAAGAAUGGCAGGAGAGUUGAAGAUAGUAAAUUCUCAUUUCAUCCUGGCAAAAUUCUUCAGACAGACAGAUUUUCCUGUGCUCUGCGAGGGUAUGAGGAGUUCACCUCGCCUUCAGUGUGUAAGUUUACUGACAGGAUUGAUCUGUACAUGCAUUUCUUUUGUUCCUUUAGCUAAAAUAUUCCGUGUGUUUUAUAACUAUCAGUAAAUUGAAUUUUGCUACUGCUACUGCUACUACUCAAAAAUGAGAUAAGAGCUAUUCAAUUUCCCUUCAGGGAUUAAUAAAGUUCUUCUACUUCUUCUUCUUCUUUAACAAAACUUGCUUCCUGAUCCAUCAGUCUAAAAAGAUGUUAAGUUCUGAGAAGUUUGACACUUAUAAGUAGAAAUGGGGAUUAGUAACCAGGCCAUCAGGAGUCUGAAGGACAAAAAAGGGAAAGACUCGAUUGUGGUAUCUUUUAUAUAUUUAAGGAAGAUUUAUUGUUACUGGAUGUUGGUUUGUUCUUGUCCUCUCCUCCAGAUGCUCCACAGCCUCCCUCUGUGUCAGUGAGUCCCUCUGCUGAGAUAGUGGAGGGUAAUUCAGUAAAUCUGACCUGCAGCAGUGAUGCUAACCCUGCAGCUACUUAUACAUGGUACAACAUAAACAGUGGUGAGCACCUCAGUGUGGGACCAAGGCUUGUCUUCAGCUCAAUUCAAUCCUCUGACUCUGGAGCAUACAGAUGUCACACCAGUAACCACCUUGGGAGGCAGCGUAAAGAUGUCUUUAUUGAUGUAAAAUGUUAGUCAAACGUCAAAGCUUAAAAGCAUUUUGAUCUUAAAGGCUUUUGAUUUUUUCUUCAUGUGUUUUUUGUGUGUUUGUUGAACUCAUUUAUUUGUUCAUCCACAUACAGAUGCUCCCCAGCCUCCCUCUGUGUCAGUGAGUCCGUCUGAGAUAGUGGAGGGUAAUCAUGUGACUCUGACCUGCAGCAGUGAUGCUAACCCAGCAGCUACUUACACCUGGUACAAGGAGAAUGAAGACAUGUUUCAUGUUGCAGGAAGUGUUUAUAACCUCCACUCUAUCAGCCAUCUAGACAGGGGAUACUACGUCUGCAAGUCUGAGAAUCAAUAUGGAUCAAUCAUGUCGACUCCUCGACUUCUUGAUGUCCAGUGUGAGUAAAAACAUAAGAAAAUCUGAUGUCAUGGUAACGCAGGAUUAAAAACUCCUGUUUAAAAUUUCUUGAUGAAAAACUUGAGUUUCGUGUUGACAAAGUCUAUCCGUAGUUCAAAAGAUUAUGGUAGUUGCAUAAGACUUUCUCACAUUAUCUAUAACCUUAAAGGUAUAUUUCACUAUUUUUCAAGUGAGGUUGUAUGAGUUAUAUGUCAUUACUGCAGUCAGUGUUUUAGCCACAUUGUGUACUGGCCAGCUCAGCCUCUUUCCUGAGAACCUGUGGAUAUAAACAGGACACUACUGUUUCUGCAGAUGGGGCCAACUCUGAUGCAUAAUUUUGCUCAUUUUGAGCGACUCUGAUCCAAGCCCUCAUCUUUGUCUGUUUUUUUAACACUUUGAAGUACAAUCAGAAAGCCUGUUUUUGCACCAUCUGCAGGUGCAUCACACAGACAUGCUCCUCUGCAUCCAGUAAUAAGUAAGCUCAGCGAAUUGGAUCUUUGAUGCAAGUCACUGGUAUAUUGAGAAUUUUGGUCUCAGUUUUGCAUGAUGUUCAACACAAAAUGCUUCAGAGCACCUGGCGGAUACAGUGAUGUGUGUAGUUUGUUAUUUCAGCACAGUCUCCCUCUUUAGGAGCUAAUGUGGUGCAUUUUGAUCAGAUAAACAUAUCCUGUGAGCAGUGGGUUGAGUCGUAGUGUCUGAGGACUAAGUCUGUGUGUUGUGUCCAAAUUGUGCAAAUACAAAUGGGCUUUCUGACAAUAAAUGCCUAACAAAUAUCUGGGAAGAGCUUAUGCAUUCGUUAUGUUGUUACAAGUGACAGAGGUUUCUCUAAAUCUCCUCCAGAUGCUCCAAAGCUUCUCUCUGUGUCAGUGAGUCCCUCUGCUGAGAUAGUGGAGGGUAAUAAUGUGACCCUGACCUGCAGCAGUGAUGCUAACCCUGCAGCUACUUACACCUGGUACAAAGAGAAUGAGAACUCAGCGAAAGCUUCAGGACAGACCUUCACCAUCACUGAGUUCAGGGCUGAACACAGUGGGAGUUAUUACUGUGAAGCCCGGAACAGAAGAGGACGCCAAAAAUCCGCCUUACAUCAGGUUGUUGUUGCAGGUGGGAUUUAUUAUUUACUUAUUUUUACCAAUGCAAAUUUAGUAGCAUAACUGUAAGUCAAGCACAGCCCACAGUGCAUUAAAGCCAGCUCAUAUCAGCUGAAAGCUCAGCUGGUCACCCCAUGUGUCUUUGCUGCUGCUCUCCCUGCCUCGGCUUUGUGUGUGCAAAAGACUUGAGAUUACCCAAAGAGCCACACAGACAAAUAAAGCUUAUCAAAUGAAAUUAACUGCCCCUGUUUGACAGGAGUGGUCUUGACUGAGUGCGUCUCAUGUCCCUCUUCAAUUCUAGGGGACUCAACAGUAAACAUGAACAUCAUCAGGCUGACUGUGUCCCUCUUGGUGUUGAUUCUUUUGCUCCUCCUGAUUCUGUGGACCAGGUAUGACCAUAAAAAUAAUUAGGCCAAUUAUGUCUCAUCCACCAACCUUAUCACUUUUAUUUAAAUGGUGUUUCCGUUUUGUCAAAAUGUGAAUUUGUUGAUUUUCGACUUAAUCAAGGAGAAAGACAAGUCUGUGCAUCACCUGUAAACCAAAUGAGAUAAGUGAGGUAAGAAAUUUGAAUUUUCAUGGUCUUAAAUUAUGCCAAAAAUAUACUACUGAAAUAAACUGAAAAUUAAAACCACACAAUUAGACAGAUUGAGGUACGGCAAGACAAGAGUGGAGCAACUCAGUACUUCAUGUCAACUCAACCUAUAUGCAUAAUGUCUCAUAAAACGAUUGGGUUUCCUGCUUUUAUUUUGGUACUUUUCUAUCUUGCUUUUCGGUUGAUCUAUACCUUGCUUUGUGCAACUAUGCUUUUAUUUUGAAAUGAGCUCCCUCUAAAAAAAGGUAAGAUACAGACAGAGAGAGAGAGAGAGAGAGAGGAUAGUUCAUGAUUUAAAGUAAAAGCAACAAGCAGAGACCGAUCAUGUUUUGUUCAGUGCAAAACAUCAGCAUUGUGAUAAAACUCAUCGUCUGUCUUCAGCAGGACUUUCGUCAUGAGUAUGAGAAUGACUCAGCCAUCACUGUGGCACAGACUGGAGACAUAGGGGAGCAAGAAGACACGGUGUGAAGUCCAGUUAGGUGAGAGUCUUCUGCACUGAAGUCAAAUGACUGAUUUGGUUUGCAUUGUGACAGUUUUGACUUUUCUUGUUUUUUAAAUGCAGGGUAACUUGUGGCAGGACCCAGCGUGGAGUUCCAGGGUAAAGCUGUGGAUGAUGUGGAAACAUCAUCAUCAUCAUCUUCAGCCUCAAAAAUGUCUUUCAGCUUCACAAACAGCAGCACAAAGAGAUUAUAAGGGUUGGAAGAAGAAGAAAGCUGAUCACAGUGUUGAGACUAAAUUGCAAGAUUUGAACCGUGCAAGUUUCUCCUUCCUUCAAGGUUGGAUGAUACCUUUGAUAAGCUGACACAUUAUCAGUGGCUUAUUAGCAGUUACUCAAUAUAGAGCACAUGUAAGGGCCAUGAUAUGUGUCCUUUACAACUAUUAUGCUGUUUUCUCUCCCAAACAUCCUAAUUUCUGCCUGUUAGCAGCAAGUAUGAACAGUUGUCUUACAUUUAUUUUUAUUCUGUUGUGGUGUCUCCCUAAAUUUGGUCAUAUUUCACUUCAUGAAUGCUUAAAAAAUCCCCGACCUACUCCCUGUUUCUAGCCAGUCUUUGAGCCACUUUAGUUUAAUUGAAACAGAGACAUUUAAUUUAUAAUUAAAUCAAAUUAAUAUUUUCACACUUUGAUUCCUAGAAACUCAGAAGAUGGUUAGUAUGCAACUCAAUUUUGCUGCAGGAUUUGUAAAUAUUACUUCUUACUGUAGUUCACUGAUUUUCCUUCUUUUUUUUUUUUUUUUUUUUUAAAUACAAGACAGUUUUUACUGGAGAGGACAUUCAUUAUUUUAAUGCAGAAAUGAAUCCUCUCUUAUACUUGACUAUCUGCCAGAUUUUUGUCCCGUUCAUGUAAACCAGCUCAUGGCUCACAGGUCCAGUGCUCUCCUGCAGACAUCCUGACUCUGUGCUCAUAGAGAUAAACUGAGGGGCCAUGUGUACAUAUUUUUAUUCUUUCUCUAUUAAGCCUUUGCUAUCUGUACCAAAAUUUCUGAGAAUUCUAUGUGGUCCUCAGGAUUUAAAAUAAACUCUUCUAAAACUCUAGAAAUAAAUAUUUCUAUAUGUACAGGACACCUGUAAAUACUGACGAUGGGUAUGGGUUUUUUUUAUUUCAGUUUGAAUUGGGCGAUUUUCUUUAUGAUUUCAAAGACUUUACAUAAGCUGUGCUUAAGCUGUCACUUUUUCAAUACAUGUUUCAUACAAAAUAUUUUUCACCACUUUUGCUGGCAUGACAGUAAAUCAAGCUUAAUCCUCCACAAUCUGUCAUGCACUAUCAUUGCCAGAUAAUACGUGCACCCAAGCCAUCUAUGACACAUGAGUAGAUAAAAAUUUUCAAAAAAAAAGGCAAUUUUUUGUCAAGGAAGUUCAUAUCAGCCAUAAUCAUGAGCUUUAGUGACUCGCAGAGGAAGGAAAUCUCAUCUGUUUUCAAAACCCUGGUACCAGUCUUUAUCUUGAACCUCUACUCCAUCCACAGUACCACUGAUUGUCUUCUCCUCAAGCAUUUGGAUGGCCUCAGCAUCUUGUGUGGACCUGGUAAUGAGCCACUCCGAUACGGUUAGGUAUCCAUUUGCCACAGUCUCUCAACAUGGCUGAAAAACUCAGCUUCUGGUGUGGAACAGGAAGUGAAAAGACACUGCUGUGGUGUUAGCCAUUGAUGCAGGAAUCUUGAUGGACCUUGUAGUGUCCAUCCAAGUCUGGUGUGCACAGCGGCAGAUCCACCAGGGGGACCAAGGUGUACCGGCUCCACUGGGGUGAUAAGAUGUGGAUUAUCUGACCCAAUGAGCAGCAGUGGCUGGGCCUCCCUUAUGUCUGGAAGUGGCAGGUCCUUAAGAUGACGGUACCUCUCCUGUAGAGCUUUCACUGGAUAAGUAUGGUGAGCGAGGCAGAUUUCCUUUGCAGUGAAGGCUAUGUGGAUUUGGAAGGACUUGCCAGGCUGUGAUGCAGGAGCUACAGAGAAUGAAACAUUGGCGCCAUGGAUAGUGCAGACCUCUUGCCGGACAGUACAGAGUGCUAGGUCCUCAGGUUCCCCUUGGAGCCCCAAGCGUUAAGCUGCCUCAUGUAAGAGGAUGGUACGCUCUGAACCAUCGUCCAAUGUAGUGUAGGUCUCAAUCACCUUGGUACCACUCUUGAGGAUGACACGACUCAACCUAAGUGAAAUCUGGCUGCUGUUGGUUGGUCAAUCUACCAAAAGUGUCUCUAAGACAGAACUUAUCAAGCAGAUGCUUUCUUCAGUUGAGUCGGGCUUAGCAGAUGCUGAUGCAGUUUGGCUGGUGUUGACUUCGUUGACCUCAAGGAACCUCGUCCUCGCGCAGUCUUGACUGUGACAUGGUAUACUGUGGGGCUAGAACAGGAGAGCUAGAGAUGACUUCUGUAAGACGUUGCACAUCGCGUCGCAGUUGGUCAUGUUCCACUCUCAUGUUAUUAAUAUACUGAAGAACCUCAGGAGAAAUAGUCUGUCUGUCUGGCCUACUCAUCAUAUGGGAGGUGGUACUUAGCAGGGUAACCUCCCAUAAGUCCUGGGGAUAUGGUGGCAGUUGGCUGCAUCGGCAUGGGCGUUCAGACUCACUGUGUAGGUUACUCCUUUCCAUGCUGAACAUAUAUGGCUUAAGUAGUUGCUCUGAUCUGGCUCGAAGGACCAAAAAUUGUAUGACAGGCUGACUAAUUGGGACCUUAGGCGGCAGCGAUCACUUCAGGGUGUCGGGUCAGGACACUUACAUUGAUCAGGUAUGUGCAGAAUGAAAACAGAGUCCAGUAAUAAAGUUUCAACUCUUUAUGAACUCUGUUUGAAUGUGAAUGUGGUUUCUGCAAUACAAACACAACGAUACAGGUUGAUUAGAAAUAAAGUACAACUUAACAUAAACAUACUGAGCUAGAUAUGUAUCCCUAAUCAGAUAAUGAAUGAUACAGCUCCAGAUGAUUAACCAACUUAGAGUCAGCAUUAACGUGCAAUGAAUAAACAACAGAAAUUAACAACAUAGUAGCUUAAUCCCCUGAGGCUAUUGCUAACUAGCGGCUAGCUCUGUGUUGCUAACCCGUCGCAUCAAUUGGCAUUAAUCGCUCGUCACAUCACACAAACCAACAGCAAAAAGUACUGUUAAGUCAUCAAAGUAGACUCAUGGAUCAACACAAACAUCAACAAAGUGUAUCACAGGGGUAAACAUCGUAACUCAUGGUUCAAUGGAUGCACAAACUGCUGAUGUAUAAAUCAGCCGAUGCUUACUUUCUGAUUUAAAGGAUUAAAACACAUCCUGUUGAAGUUCAAGUGUAAUCCGCUCACACAGAUUUGUUUUUUUCUCCCAUUCUUUGAGGUUUUUGAUUCAACUUUGUUCACCCACAGACUUUUUGACAUCCUUCCUCAACUAAUGGAGAUAACGUGUCGAUGUUAAAAUAAAUCUAAAGAUAAUAAAACUUAACCAUUUCAAGAGGAUUACAUUGAUGAAAAACAGCUUCUUUAAGGUGUGGUCUCUUAUUGGUGUUUGAAUCAACAUUUAUGUUAUCAUUUAAAAAGGAAGGGCUUUUUUGGUCUGUUUUACACUUCAGUUUCCGCCUUCUGCUCAUUGAUUGCAGAGACAAGAUGUCCUUCAAGACAACGCUGUUCAUCUUUGUAAGUAGAAUAGUUUAAUGAAAUGUCUGAUACUUUUUCAGCUCCUGUGUGCUUUUCAUUUCACAUUUUUGACUUGUGUUAUAAUCCCUGAAGUCCCAGAGAAAGGAGAGAGGAGCAGAGAUUAGUUUAACUGCAGCAGUGAGUGGAUUCAUCCUUCUCCUCUCAGUAUCAGGUACUUCAUAUCUACAGCUUUUCCUCUUCACUCUGAGAAACCUGCAGCCUCUUUUUAAUUUGAUAAGAAACAGACUCUGUUUGCAGAACCUGCAUUUUUUUCUCCAAAAUUCAGAUUGUAAUUUGUUGUAUUGAAAUCACAGUUUUUUAGUGGAUACUAGUUUUGUAGUCAGGCUAGUGUCUCAGGGACUUAUUUAUCACCACACAUCUGCAACAACCCUGUGUGUUCCUUUUCAUUAGGUGUUUUGUUUCUAUGCUGCAUUGACAGCACUUAUCUUAUCAUUUAGUAUUAGCUGCUGUACAGUUUCUCACACUUCUGCAUUCAUUUUUAGAUGUCACACUUGACUGGGCAGCUAACUUUGCACUUAGAAAACGUUCACAGAACAGCACAAUCUGUCGAACAAUUUACACUGUUAAUGCUGCUGUUGGGUCAGAAAAGUGUUAAUGAAUAUAAACAUCUGUAAAUUUUCUGCAUGGAGAAAUCUUCUGUCAGAUAUUUUGAUAAGCUUUUGAAAAUCUGAAAGAAAACUGUUUCUAAACUGAGAAAAAAGUUAAACCUGAUCAAAUAUCUUACAUGUGAUUGUUAUAUUGAGAUGAUGUCGGACUGCACCUCACUGAUCUGGUUCAGAUCAGUGGCCAUUGCUCUAAGGCCCUCCUCACACGAGGACGGCCCUGUAUUGUCUUGGCAUCGGCACCAAAACAUGUAUCGAUGUUUACACAUCGUAUUGUACAUAGGCUUAGUGCGUUCACAUGACAAUGCAAAAUCCAUGCAAAAUCCUGUAGUACAUACGCCCGGCCUAAAGGUGACACUGUGAAAUUGCCACAAAGCACCAAAAACAGAGAAUGCGCAUGCACGUACAUACAUGCUGUGUGUGUGACAACAUGGGUUGGCGGGCGGGAGGAGGAGGGGUGCUGUGAGGUCACUGUCUUUACCGGACUUCUCUAUUUAUACCAACUACAGCAUGAAGACGAAUACCCAGAUAUCCACUUGCAGACCCGUUUCAAAAAAGAUGCGGAGUCAUGGACAAAUACACGUCUCCAUGUGUCAAUAUCACCAGAUCGAUAGUUUAUUUUACCGGUGUCUUACAAAUUUGUACUCGUGUAAAGACCACCUAAGACUGCAAGGGAAGCUCAGCUUCCCUUAAAAUGUCACCCCCCCAAAAAAAGAAAAAGUGGUGAAAUAUGUACUGCUGUGUGUUCAUUUCAUUAACUAAAUACGCACUAGAAAGCCUUCAUCUUUUGUUCAGACACUGUGAUAAGAAGCUGAUAAUCACAGGUAACCGGCAUAACUUCGUCCUCAUUCAUCCUCGCAGCGCCUCAGCGCUUCAAACAGCCGGACGCUCAGUGUCUGCUGACUUCAAUGUGGAAGCUCAAAGUGGGUUGUUCCAGCAGCCAAACUAGACGCUCAUUGGAUAAAUGCUGGGCUUUGUCCCGCCCAUCGGACGCUCAGCUUCUCUGGAGUUCUAUGACGAGAGGGCGGUCCCGACUUUCUUGCGGACGCUGAGCUUCUGCAUCCAUGAUUGGAUGAGCUGUCUGAGGCGAAAUCCUUUUUUGAUUGACAGCUAAACAAGCGAAUCAGCGAUCUUGAAGAAUAAAACAUCUAUCAGAGCAUUUUCCAAGUUAUUCAUUCCGUUGUUUUUAACUGCUCUGGAGACUUUACCGAUCCUCAGCGACUUUUGUCUUUGUUAAAAACGACUGCCGUUGUGUUUGGCGACUCUGUUCUGUUACAUACUAAUAAACAAAUACAAUUAUGAUGUAGGCCAGAAAAAUGAGCUUCCCCUCAUUGAAAGACCAGCAGCCGCCACUGGUUCAGAUUUAUUUAUUUCAUGUCCAGUCUUGAACUUUUCCUGGUCUGGUUAAAUUGACUGUGUUCUCUGAUUUUUGUGUUUUAGUGGCUCAGUCUCAGAACGACUGGGAGGUGACUUACUCUACAACUCAGAUCUGUGUCUCUAGAGGAUCUACUGUGGAAAUAAGCUGCAACUUUAAGUACCCAAAAACAAUAAACAGGAAGCAGAACAAACUCUUAAAAACAUUUUGGUUUAUUAGGAAACGUGGUGAUGAGUUUCUGAACAUUGAAACAGACUCAGAGUAUUCAGGUCGUGUGAAGACCACCUGUGAUGGGACCAGAUCCACCCUGACAAUCACAAACCUGACAGGGAGUGACUCAGCAGAAUACAAGUUCAUGAUGGAGACAAGCCUCCAUAAAUAUUCUGGUAACCCAGGUGUCACCCUGACUGUCAGAGGUAAAGUUUUCUCUGAAAUGUUUCAACUUUUGUCUUUUUGAAAAUCCUGUAAAUGAUUGUAUCAUGUGUAUGUUUAUGUGGAAAGUACUGACAGUUUUAUCUGAUCAGAUGUCCAGAUAAUGGUGAGCAGACCAGGUGGGCAUUUGCAGUUGAGGUGUCUCAGCCGUUGCCGUCAAGAUUUUCUAUUAAUUUGGUUCAAGAAUGGAGAGAAAAUUAAGAACCUAUAUGCAAAAUAUCAUCGACCAGACCAGACUCUGACCACAGACAGAUUUUCCUGUGCUGUAGAAGGAUAUGAGGACUUCCCCUCUCCUUCAGUGUGUGAGUUUACCCCUCCCUUUCCUCUGACACAACACUAUCUGAUGGAGGUUUUAAAAUUUGGUGCGUGCCCUGACUCUCUGGUCUGUGGCUAACAUUUCCACUUUAAAAAACAUCUCAUAUCUGUGAUGCUCAGAGUAAAAACUUGAUAGUAAAGAGUUGUUAAAGGACAGAGAGCAUAAACCAAGUACAUCAGUGACUGAAAUGUUAACUGUAAAAUGUGUUUCUUCUUCAGAUGCUUUCGAGCCUCCCUCUGUGUCAGUGAGUUCCUCUGCUGAGAUAAUGGAGGGAAAAAAUGUGACUCUGACCUGCAGCAGUGACGCUAAUGUAGAAUCCAGUUAUACCUGGUAUAAAAGAAAUGAACCUCGAUAUCCUCUGCGUCUCAGGAGAGGACCUCAGCUUGUCUUCAGCUCCAUCAAGUCCUCAGACUUUGGACAGUAUUACUGUGAAGUGAGGAACAUCUUUGGGACACAGAUAUUGGGGAACAUCUUGGCUGGUUUGACAUGUGUGUGAAACAUCACAGUUCAAACACAUUAGAAAGACAAUAAACUACACAACAAUACCUCAAAACAGUUUUAUCCUGUAUUUGAACAAAAAGCACUAAGACAAAAUUUCUUCUUCUAUAUGUUUAUUUGCAUGUUUAAUUCACUAACUUUGAUUAAAUCCAUUUCCAGAUGAUCCAGAGCUUCCCUCUGUGUCAGUGAGUCCCUCUGCUGAGAUAGUGGAGGGUAAACAUGUGACUCUGACCUGCAGCAGUGAUGCUAAGCCAGAUGCUAACCAUACCUGGUACAGAAGAAAUGGUGAUCUAAGUCCUCAGAGUCUCAGAAAAGGAAAUCAGCUUGUCUUCAGCUCCAUCCAGGUGUCAGACUCUGGACAGUAUUACUGUAAAGUGAGGGGGAUCACUGAGUCCUCUAGGGAUGUCUUAGUCUAUGUGAAAUGUGAGUAAAAAGUCACAUUUAAUGGGCAACAGAAGGAUGAAAACCAUACACAACCAUAUCCCAGAAAUGAUUUUUAUUCUGUGUUUGUUUCUUUGUCAUUUCUGUUUUUAUCCGUCUUCAGAUGCUCCAAAGUUCUCUUAUGUGUCUGUGAGUCCCUCUUCUGAGAUAGUGGAGGGCAGUUCAGUGACUCUGACCUGUAUCAGUUAUGCCAACCCAGCACCACGUUCCACCUGGUACAAGGAGAACAACACCACGUUUCAGUCAACAGGAGGAAUUUAUACUUUUCUCAACAUCAGCCAUCUGGACAGAGGGAGAUACAACUGCAGAUCUGAGAAUCAAUAUGGAUCACAUGUAUCUCCCCCUCUCUCACUAGAUAUCCAGUGUGAGUAGAAGACAUUACAAAGUUAGAUCACCUGGUACAAAACUCUUCUUAAUGGCUUAAGUCUCCAUGUAAAGUUUUCUUUCGAUCUCCUCCAGAUGUUCCAAAACGUCCCUCUGUGUCAGUGAGUCCCUCUGCUGAGAUAGUGGAGGGUAGUUCAGUAAAUCUGACCUGCAGCAGUGAUGCUAACCCUGCAGCUACUUAUACCUGGUACAAAGAGAGUGAAGACUCAGCAAACGCUUCAGGACAGACCUUCACCAUCACUGAGUUCAGAGCUCAUCACAGUGGGAAUUAUUACUGUGAAGCCCGAAACAAAAUAGGACGCCAGAAAUCCAGCCCACAUCAGAUCGUUGCGGCAGGUGAGAUAUUUACACACCUGCACACAGAGAGCUCACCCUGAAUACUCAAAGCAGCUCAUGAUAUGUUUGAUUAAUUAAUUUUUUCCUUCACAAACAUGUUUUCUCUGAAUCAGAUCUUAAAACUGACUAAAGUGAAUAAUUCAUGGAGGGAACUCCAUGUCAGAUUCUGGCUCAACAGAGUCUCAGACAGAGCUAAAGAUAUAGACCAGUCUGAUUCUGUUAGUAAUGUGUCUCACAUAUCUCUCUUCUUUCAUUCAAGGGAAAUCAACAAUAACAACCAUAAUUAGCAUCAGGUUGACCCUGUUCUUUUUGAUGUUGAUUCCUCCACCUCUCGUGAGUCUGUUGACAAGGUAAAACCAUAAAACUCCAUCAAUUCAAACACGUUUCUUUUAUGAGCUUCUUCACUUGGUUCAUAGUUUAAUUUCUUUUCUCUCUAUCACUGUAAAACUGACUGUUCUCAAAUGUAAUAAUCCAGGAAGAAGAAACCUCUGAACUCCAACACUGAACCAAGUGAACCUGCAGAGAUGAUAGAGGUGAGACCGACUGCUGACAAAAUAUCUUUACAGACCUGUUCAAAGAUGUCAGGAUCAAAGUUUCAAAAUGGGACUAAAAUACUUUCAAAGAUGAUCAACUCUCUUCAUCUGUCCUCAGCUGGACUCUGCUCAUGAGAAUGAGAAAGUCUCAGCGGUCACUGCAGCACAGACUGAAGACAUAGAGGAGCAGGAAGACAGGGUGUGAAGUCCAGUCAGGGUGGGGUGUCUCCAGUGGUGCUGAUGGUCUACUGGUCCCAUAACUGGACUAGAGUCCCCUGUUGAGCGGUUGCUGGUUCAACUCCCGCCCAUGAUCCUUUGCUGCACAUGUUCUCUCACUUUCUACACUCCUCAUUUGCUGUCUUUCUUCUGCUUUCCUAUCUACAAAAGGAAAAAAUGCCCCAAAACACGACUGUCAUGAAAGUCAAAUAGAAAAACAAGAUACUUUAAAAAUCAAGUCAAAAAUAAGACGUUUCAAACUCUUACUUUUGUCAUGUUGGUUAAGUUUCUUUUAUUUUUGCACAUUCAUGUUUUGUUUCAUGUCAUGUAUUUCCUGUUUUAUUUUGUAGUUCACCAACUCUUGUUUCUGUCUUCUAGCUUUGUUCCUGUCUGGUCUGCCCUCGUUUUGUCACACCUGCUGCCUGAUUGUGUUUCCCCACCUGUUCCCCAUCACCCUCACUACCUCUUGUAUUUAAUCUCAUGCAUCUCACUGUCUCGUCACCAGUUCGUUGCACUCUAUAGUCACGUUCCAGCAUUAUGCAUAGUUUUAGUCAAGUCAUGUAUUACCUUUGCCUGCUUUAUUUUUGACCUUGCCUUUUUACAAUAAAUCCUUGUCUUUUGGACCAACUGAUCUGGUGUUGUGCAAUUGUGUUCUCUCCUCUGUGUCUUGGUUUAUAACAGUUUCAACAGAGAGUCUGACCUCCUCCACCGAGAUAACAGACCAACUUCAGAUUUAUUCUCACUGUCUUAAUCUUUUUUUUGUGAUUGUACGCAGAUGCAGUGUGUUUCACCCUCCAGUUAGUUAAGUCCUGUCAACAAGACUUUGGCAGAUCUGUUGGUCCAGCCACUCUAAUAUUUCACUGUCCAAAAUGAUGGGCCAACUCAUCUCCUGUGUGGCAUAUUUAUUCUUACAGGAACUGCAAAAACAUAAAAACAGUCAUUAAUAGGAGCGCACUCUGUUCUGUGUCUUUACGCUUCAUCCUCACACACUGACUGGACUUCUCUGUUUUAUGAUAAACACUCUACACUUGCACUGUAAAACAACUCUUAAAGCAACACAAUACUACAGUGGUGUUGAAAUAAAAUCCAUGACAUUACUGUCUCAAUAUUUAUACUAUUUUAACCAUUACAUCUCCUUUAUGAACUGUAUAACUGAUCUUUAGUUAAGUAAAUCUAUUUCAAACUAAUGUCUUUUAAUGUAUUAACACUGCACUGUCCCUUAAUACACUGAACAUAAAGUGUUUUACUUUCCCUCUUCCCACAAUGAAAACACACAGUGUGGCUUUAACCUAAAAUACAAGCGUGCACAAUACAGACUCUCAUCACGGUCUACUAACUGGACCAUAGCAUGGCACCACAGCCGCACCUGCCAGCCCAGCCCCUCACUCAGCUCAACUCCACACAAGCACCUCCCCACAGAAAAAACUUAAUCCACUUAAUGCGGUUUCUUGAUAUAAACUUAUAUUUUUACAGCUGUAAUGUGUAUCUCUCAGUAGUUAGCCUAUCCUUUAAACUCAAAAGAGACAUAAUUCAGUCCUCUGGUUCAUGACCACGAUUGCCAUGGACUACGAGUCCGCCAUUACAGAUACACAAUCCAGCGAGUCGCCUUUACAAACCCAUGAGCUUGUGAAUUCACUCUUUAGCUCGACGUCUGUUACACUCCAAGGCACUUAAGAUAUAUUAUUACUGUUGUCCAUUACUUUUAUAGUAUUUCUGAACCAGCUAACCUGCAAACACAUAAAAACAGUCAUUAAUAGGAGUGUACUCUAUGCUGUGCCUGUACCAUUGACUGUAUAUAAAAUGGACGCCAUCUGCCUCCUCGCUGGGUGAAGCCACCCCAAGAACAGCGCCCUCUGGUGACAGGCUGCAGUAUAGGUCAUAAAUCCUGCCCCCACCAGCCAUCCUUAUGGGGUCUGUGGACAAACUUUAGAAAUUUAUUACACAAAAUAUAAAUUCUUCUCCCCCCUAACUGUGAUGUUGACAUGUAGCUACUGUAAGACUGGUUUGUGCUCAAGUCCUCUUUUUUCUGUGCAGCUCCAUUUUUAAAAGUUAUUAGGUGGUUCAUGUUUUCUAUGAUUGACACUUGAUACAGCCUAUGUGCAAUGUUGGUUUCAGGAAGUGGAGAAAAAAAUGCAGAAUCACAGAGAGCUUUUUGGCUUCAAAUCCGUAUACUGGCAGAAGGUGGAACCAAGUUGUCCAAAGUAUAUACAGUCUACGGUCUGAACGCUUCAUCCUCAGACACUGACUGGACUUCUCCUGCUGUUGCAUCAGCUAUCCGCUAGGUGAGGUACCGAGUGCCCCCUGCUGGUGAAACAUAUAUUACACUAUCUUACAGGAAAAUAGACACUACAGUAGUUAUAGUAUUGCACGUGAACUUUAUUCAUAUAAAUAAAAUGGGGGGUUGACUAUUUCCAUGCCUUCAAUAACUCAUAGUGCCACAUAAGCAGUAACUCUAAGUGAUCUUUUUAAUUGAUUGCAUCUUUAUCUUGUAGUGACUGAGAAUAUUUAUGGGAUGAUCGAUGUAUGUUACAUUUUUGAUAAUCCUUUCUUGUGACAACGAGCUCUAUGAGAGUUUGACUGGAGGUUGAACGCAACAUCCUGACUCUACUAUUUGUUGUUUGUGUGACACUCUAUUUACUCUCUGAUUCAAAGGAUUACAACACCCCCCCCCCCCCCCCAAAAAAAAAAAAAAAAAACAUUCCUGUUGAAGUUCAAGUGUAAUCCACUCAUACAGAUUAGUUUCUUCCUCACAUACUUUGAGGUUUUUGAUUCAACUUUGUCCACCCACAGACUUUUUGACAUCCUUCCCCAACUAAUGGAGAUAACGUGUCGAUACUGAUGUUAAAAUAAAAUCAAAAGAUAGUACAAACUUAACCAUUUCAAGAGGAUUAAGUUGAUGAAAAACAGCUUCUUUAAGGUGUGGUCUCUUAUUGGUGUUUGAAUCAACAUUUAUGUUAUCAUUUAAAAAGGAAGGGCUUUUUUGGUCUGUUUCACACUUCAGUUUCCGCCUUCUGCUCACGGACUGCAGAGAAAAGACGCCCUUCAAGACACAACGCUGGUCAUAUUUGUAAGUAGAAUAGUUUAAUGAAAUGUCUGAUACUUUUUCAUCUCCUGUUAGCUUUUCAUGUCACAUAUUUGACUUGUGUUAUCAUCCCUAAAGUCCCAGAGAAAGGAGAGAGGAGCAGAGAUGAGUUUAACUGCAGCAGUGAGUGGAUUCAUCCUUCUCCUCUCUGUAUCAGGUACUUCAUAUCUACAGCUUUUCCUUUUUAAUUUGAUCAAAAACAGACUCUGUUUGCAGAACCUGCAGUUUUUUCUCCAAAAUUCUGAUUGUAAUUUGCUGUAUUGAAAUCACUUUUUGAGUUUUUUAGUGGAUACUAGUUUUGCAGUCAGGCUAGUGUCUCAGGGACUCAUUUAUUACAACACAUCUGCAACAAGCCUGUGUGUUCCUCUUCAUAGGUGUUAUAUUUCCAUGCUGAUGCUGCAUUGACAGCACUUAUCUAAUCAUUGAGUAUUAGCUUCUGUACAGUUUCUCACACUUCUGCAUUCAUUUUUAGAUACACACUUGACUGGGCAGCUAACUUUGCACAGAGAAAACUUUCACAGAACAGCACAAUCUGUCAAAUAAUUUACACUGUUAAUAAUGCUGUUGGGUUAGAGAAGUGUUCAUGAAUAUAAACAUCUGUAAUUUUUCAGUAUGGAUAAAUCUUCUCUCAGAUAUUUUGAUAAGUAGUUUAAAAUCUAAUAUCAAACAGAGAAAAAAGCUAAACCUGACAAAAAUAUCUUACAUGUGAUUGUUAUAUCAAGAUGAUGUCGGACUGCACCUCAAUGAUCUGGUUCAGAUUUAUUUAUUUCAUGUUCAGUCUUAAACUUUUCCUGGUCUGGUUAAAUUGACUGUGUUCUCUGAUUUUUGUGUUUUAGUGGUUCAGCCUCAGAACGGCUGGGAGGUGACUUACUCUACAGCUCAGAUCUGUGUCUCCAGAGGAUCAACUGUGGAAAUAAGCUGCAACUUUAAGUACCCAAAAACAAUGGAGAGGAAGCAGAACAAACUCUUAAAAACAUUUUGGUUUAUCAGGAAACGUGGUGAUGAGUUUCUAAACAUUGAAACAGACUCAGAGUAUUCAGGUCGUGUGAAGACCACGUAUGAUGGGACCAGAUCCACCCUAACAAUCACAAACCUGACAGGGAGUGACUCAGCUGAAUACAUGUUCAGGAUGGAGACAAGCAUGGACAAAUAUUUUGGCUACCCAGGUGUCACCUUGUCUGUCAGAGGUAAAGUUUUCUCUGAAAUUUUUCAUCUUUUAUCUUUUUUAAAAUCCUGUAAAUUAUUGUAUUAUGUGUAUGUUUAUGUGGAAAGUACUGACAGUUUUAUCUGAUCAGAUGUCCAGAUAAUGGUGAGCAGACCAGGUGGGCAUUUGCAGUUGAAGUGUCUCAGCGGUUGUCGUCAAGAUUUUCGAUACAUUUGGUUCAAGAAUGGAGAGAAAAUUAAGAACCAAAAUUCACAAUAUCAUCAACCAGACCAGAUUCUGAACACAGACAGAUUUUCCUGUGCUGUCGAAGGAUAUGAGGACUUCCCCUCUCCUUCAGUGUGUGAGUUUACCCCUCCCUUUCCUCUAACACAACACUAUCUGAUGGAGGUUUUAAAAUUUGGUGCGUGCCCUGACUCUCUGGUCUGUGGCUAACAUUUCCACUUUAAAAAACAUCUCAUAUCUGUGAUGCUCAGAGUAAAAACUCAAUAGUAAAGAGUUGUUAAAGGACAGAGAGCAUAAACCAAGUACAUCAGUGACUGAAAUGUUAACUGUAAAAUGUGUUUCUUCUUCAGAUGCUUUCGAGCCUCCCUCUGUGUCAGUGAGUUCCUCUGCUGAGAUAAUGGAGGGAAAAAAUGUGACUCUGACCUGCAGCAGUGACGCUAAUGUAGAAUCCAGUUAUACCUGGUAUAAAAGAAAUGAACUUCUACAUCCUCUGCGUCUCAGGAGAGGACCUCAGCUUGUCUCAGCUCCAUCAAGUCCUCAGACUUUGGACAGUAUUACUGUGAAGUGAGGAACAUCUUUGGGACACAGAUAUCCGGGAACAUCUUGGCUGGUUUGACAUGUGUGUGAAACAUCACAGUUCAAACACAUUAGAAAGACAAUAAACUACACAACAAUACCUCAAAACAGUUUUAUCCUGUAUUUGAACAAAAAGCACUAAGACAAAAUUUCUUCUUUUAUAUGUUUAUUUGCAAGUUUAAUUCACUAACUUUGAUUAAAUCCAUUUCCAGAUGAUCCAGAGCUUCCCUCUGUGUCAGUGAGUCCCUCUGCUGAGAUAGUGGAGGGUAAUCAUGUGACUCUGACCUGCAGCAGUGAUGUUAAGCCAGAUGCUACUUAUACCUGGUACAGAAGAAAUGGUGAUCUAAGUCCUCAGAGUCUCAGAAAAGGAAAUCAGCUUGUCUUCAGCUCCAUCCAGGUGUCAGACUCUGGACAGUAUUAUUGUGAAGUGAGGGGCAUCACUGAGUCCUCUAGGAAUGUCUUAGUCUAUGUGAAAUGUGAGUUAAAAGUCACAUUUAAAGAGCAACAGAAGGAUGAAAACCAUACACAACCAUAUCCCAGAAAUGAUUUUUAUUCUGUGUUUGUUUCUCUGUCAUUUCUGUUUUUAUCCGUCUUCAGAUGCUCCAAAGCUCUCUUAUGUGUCUGUGAGUCCCUCUUCUGAGAUAGUGGAGGGCAGUUCAGUGACUCUGACCUGUAUCAGUUAUGCCAACCCAGCACCACGUUCCACCUGGUACAAGGAGAACAACACCACGUUUCAGUCAACAGGAGGAAUUUAUACUUUUCUCAACAUCAGCCAUCUGGACAGAGGGAGAUACAACUGCAGAUCUGAGAAUCAAUAUGGAUCACAUGUAUCUCCCCCUCUCUCACUAGAUAUCCAGUGUGAGUAGAAGACAUUACAAAGUUAGAUCACCUGGUACAAAACUCUUCUUAAUGGCUUAAGUCUCCAUGUAAAGUUUUCUUUCGAUCUCCUCCAGAUGCUCCAAAACGUCCCUCUGUGUCAGUGAGUCCCUCUGCUGAGAUAGUGGAGGGUAGUUCAGUAAAUCUGACCUGCAGCAGUGAUGCUAACCCUGCAGCUACUUAUACCUGGUACAAAGAGAGUGAAGACUCAGCAAACGCUUCAGGACAGACCUUCACCAUCACUGAGUUCAGAGCUCAUCACAGUGGGAAUUAUUACUGUGAAGCCCGGAACAAAAUAGGACGCCAGAAAUCCAGCCCACAUCAGAUCGUUGCGGCAGGUGAGAUAUUUACACACCUGCACACAGAGAGCUUACCCAGAAUACUCAAAGCAGCUCAUGAUAUGUUUGAUUAAUUAAUUUUUUCCUUCACAAACACGUUUUCUCUGCAUCAGAUCUUAAAACUGACUAAAGUGAAUAAUUCAUGGAGGGACCUCCAUGUCAGAUUCUGGCUCAACAGAGUCUCAGACAGAGCUAAAGAUAUAGACCAGUCUGAUUCUGUUAGUAAUGUGUCUCACAUAUCUCUCUUCUUUCAUUCAAGGGAAAUCAACAAUAACAACCAUAAUUAGCAUCAGGUUGACCCUGUUCUUUUUGAUGUUAAUUCCACCACUUCUUGUGAUUCUGUUGACAAGGUAAAACCAUAAAACUACAUCAAUUCAAACACGUUUCUUUUAUGAUCCUCUUCACUUGGUUCAUAGUUUAAUUUCUUUUCUCUCUAUCACUGUAAAACUGACUGUUCUCAAAUGUAAUAAUCCAGGAAGAAGAAACCUCUGAGCUCCAACACUGAACCAAGUGAACCUGCAGAGAUGAUAGAGGUGAGACCGACUGCUGACAAAACAUCUUUACAGACCUGUUCAAAGAUGUCAGGAUCAAAGUUUCAAAAUGGGACUAAAAUACUUUCAAAGAUGAUCAACUCUCUUCAUCUGUCCUCAGCUGGACUCUGCUCAUGAGAAUGAGAAAGUCUCAGCGAUCACUGCAGCACAGACUGAAGACAUAGAGGAGCAGGAAGACAGGGUGUGAAAUCCAGUCAGGGUGGGGUGUCUCCAGUGGUGCUGAUGGUGUACUGGUCCCAUAACUAGACUGAAGUCUCCUGUUGAGCGGUUGCUGGUUCAACUCCCGCCCAUGAUCCUUUGCUGCACAUGUUCUCUCAGUCAAAAAUAAGACGUUUCAAACUCUUACUUUUGUCAUGUUGGUUAAGUUUCUUUUAUUUUUGCACAUUCAUGUUUUGUUUCAUGUCAUGUAUUUCCUGUUUUAUUUUGUAGUUCACCAACUCUUGUUUCUGUCUUCUAGCUUUGUUCCUGUCUGGUCUGCCCUCGUUUUGUCACACCUGCUGCCUGAUUGUGUUUCCCCACCUGUUCCCCAUCACCCUCACUACCUCUUGUAUUUAAUCUCAUGCAUCUCACUGUCUCGUCACCAGUUCGUUGCACUCUAUAGUCACGUUCCAGCAUUAUGCAUAGUUUUAGUCAAGUCAUGUGUUACCUUUGUCUGCCUUAUUUCUGACCUUGCCUUUUUACAAUAAAUCCUUGUCUUUUGGACCAACUGAUCUGGUGUUGUGCAGUUGUGUUCUCUCCUCUGUGUCUUGGUUUAUAACAGUUUCUACAGAGAGUCUGACCUCCUCCACCGAGAUAACAGACCAACUUCAGAUUCAUUCUCACUGUCUUAAUCUUUUUUUUGUGAUUGUACGCAGAUGCAGUGUGUUUCACCCUCCAGGUAGUUAAAAAAAGUCCUGUCAACAAGACUUUGGCAGAUCUGUUGGUCCAGCCACUCUAAUAUUUCACUGUCCAAAAUGAUGGGCCAACUCAUCUCCUGUGUGGCAUAUUUAUUCUUACAGGAACUGCAAAAACAUAAAAACAGUCAUUAAUAGGAGCGCACUCUGUUCUGUGUCUUUACGCUUCAUCCUCACACACUGACUGGACUUCUCUGUUUUAUGAUAAACACUCUACACUUGCACUGUAAAACAACUCUUAAAGCAACACAAUACUACAGUGGUGUUGAAAUAAAAUCCAUGACAUUACUGUCUCAAUAUUUAUACUAUUUUAACCAUUACAUCUCCUUUAUGAACUGUAUAACUGAUCUUUAGUUAAGUAAAUCUAUUUCAAACUAAUGUCUUUUAAUGUAUUAACACUGUACUGUCCCUUAAUACACUGAACAUAAAGUGUUUUACUUUCCCUCUUCCCACAAUGAAAACACACAGUGUGGCUUUAACCUAAAAUACAAGCAUGGACAAUACAGACUCUCAUCACGGUCUACUAACUGGACCAUAGCAUGGCACCACAGCCGCACCUGCCAGCCCAGCCCCUCACUCAGCUCAACUCCACACAAGCACCUCCCCACAGAAAAAACUUAAUCCAUUUAAUGCGGUUUCUUGAUAUAAACUUAUAUUUUUACAGCUGUAAUGUGUAUCUCUCAGUAGUUAGCCUAUCCUUUAAACUCAAAAGAGACAUAAUUCAGUCCUCUGGUUCAUGACCACGAUUGCCAUGGACUACGAGUCCGCCAUUACAGAUACACAAUCCAGCGAGUCGCCUUUACAAACCCAUGAGCUUGUGAAUUCACUCUUUAGCUCGACGUCUGUUACACUCCAAGGCACUUAAGAUAUAUCAUUACUGUUGUCCAUUACUUUUAUAGUAUUUCUGAACCAGCUAACCUGCAAACACAUAAAAACAGUCAUUAAUAGGAGUGUACUCUAUGCUGUGCCUGUACCACUGACUGUAUAUAAAAUGGACGCCAUCUGCCUCCUCGCUGGGUGAAGCCACCCCAAGAACAGCGCCCUCUGGUGACAGGCUGCAGUAUAGGUCAUAAAUCCUGCCCCCACCAGCCAUCCUUAUGGGGUCUGUGGACAAACUUUAGAAAUUUAUUACACAAAAUAUAAAUUCUUCUCCCCCUAACUGUGAUGUUGACAUGUAGCUACUGUAAGACUGGUUUGUGCUCAAGUCCUCUUUUUUCUGUGCAGCUCCAUUUUUAAAAGUUAUUAGGUGGUUCAUGUUUUCUAUGAUUGACACUUGAUACAGCCUAUGUGCAAUGUUGGUUUCAGGAAGUGGAGAAAAAAAUGCAGAAUCACAGAGAGCUUUUUGGCUUCAAAUCCGUAUACUGGCAGAAGGUGGAACCAAGUUGUCCAAAGUAUAUACAGUCUAUGGUCUGAACGCUUCAUCCUCAGACACUGACUGGACUUCUCCUGCUGUUGCAUCAGCUAUCCGCUAGGUGAGGUACCGAGUGCCCCCUGCUGGUGAAACAUAUAUUACACUAUCUUACAGGAAAAUAGACGCUACAGUAGUUUUAGUAUUGCACGUGAACUUUAUUCAUAUAAAUAAAAUGGGGGUUUGACUAUUUCCAUGCCUUCAAUAACGCAUAGUGUCACAUAAGCAGUAACUCUAAGUGAUCUUUUUAAUUGAUUGCAUCUUUAUCUUGUAGUGACUGAGAAUAUUUAUGGGAUGAUCGAUGUAUGUUACAUUUUUGAUAAUCCUUUCUUGUGACAACGAGCUCUAUGAGAGUUUGACUGGAGGUUGAACGCAACAUCCUGACUCUACUAUUUGUUGUUUGUGUGACACUCUAUUUACUCUCUGAUUCAAAGGAUUACAACAGCCCCCCCCCAAAAAAAAAAAAAAAAAAAAAAAACACUUCCGUUGAAGUUCAAGUGUAAUCCACUCAUACAGAUUAGUUUUUUUCUCCCAUACUUUGAGGUUUUUGAUUCAACUUUGUUCACCCACAGACUUUUUGACAUCCUUCCUCAACUAAUGGAGAUAACGUGUCGAUACUGAUGUUAAAAUAAAAUCAAAAGAUAGGACAAACUUAACCAUUUCAAGAGGAUUAAGUUGAUGAAAAACAGCUUCUUUAAGGUGUGGUCUCUUAUUGGUGUUUGAAUCAACAUUUAUGUUAUCAUUUAAAAAGGAAGGGCUUUUUUGGUCUGUUUCACACUUCAGUUUCCGCCUUCUGCUCACGGACUGCAGAGAAAAGACGCCCUUCAAAACACAACGCUGGUCAUAUUUGUAAGUAGAAUAGUUUAAUGAAAUGUGUGAUACUUUUUCAUCUCCUGUUAGCUUUUCAUGUCACAUAUUUGACUUGUGUUAUUAUCCCUAAAGUCCCAGAGAAAGGAGAGAGGAGCAGAGAUGAGUUUAACUGCAGCAGUGAGUGGAUUCAUCCUUCUCCUCUCUGUAUCAGGUACUUCAUAUCUACAGCUUUUCCUCUUCACUCUGAGAAACCUGCAGCCUCUUUUUAAUUUGAUCAAAAACAGACUCUGCUUACAGAACCUGCAGUUUUUUCUCCAAAAUUCUGAUUGUAAUUUGCUGUAUUGAAAUCACUUUACGAGUUUUUUAGUGGAUACUAGUUUUGCAGUCAGGCUAGUGUCUCAGGGACUCAUUUAUUACAACACAUCUGCAACAACCCUGUCUGUUCCUCUUCAUAGGUGUUAUAUUUCCAUGCUGAUGCUGCAUUGACAGCACUUAUCUAAUCAUUGAGUAUUAGCUGCUGUACAGUUUCUCACCCCUUAGACUUCUGCAUUUAUUUUUAGAUACACACUUGACUGGGCAGCUAACUUUGCACAGAGAAAACUUUCACAGAACAGCACAAUCUGUCAAAUAAUUUACACUGUUAAUAAUGCUGUUGGGUUAGAGAAGUGUUCAUGAAUAUAAACAUCUGUAAUUUUUCAGUAUGGAUAAAUCUUCUCUCAGAUAUUUUGAUAAGUAGUUUAAAAUCUAAUAUCAAACAGAGAAAAAAGCUAAACCUGACAAAAAUAUCUUACAUGUGAUUGUUAUAUCAAGAUGAUGUCGGACUGCACCUCAAUGAUCUGGUUCAGAUUUAUUUAUUUCAUGUUCAGUCUUAAACUUUUCCUGGUCUGGUUAAAUUGACUGUGUUCUCUGAUUUUUGUGUUUUAGUGGCUCAGCCUCAGAACGACUGGGAGGUGACUUACUCUAAAACUCAGAUCUGUGUCUCCAGAGGAUCAACUGUGGAAAUAAGCUGCAACUUUAAGUACCCAAAAACAAUGGAGAGGAAGCAGAACAAACUCUUAAAAACAUUUUGGUUUAUUAGGAAACGUGGUGAUGAGUUUCUGAACAUUGAAACAGACUCAGAGUAUUCAGGUCGUGUGAAGACCACGCAUGAUGGGACCAGAUCCACCCUAACAAUCACAAACCUGACAGGGAGUGACUCAGCUCAGUACAAGUUCAGGAUGGAGACAAGCCUGGACAAAUAUUCUGGCUACCCAGGUGUCACCCUGUCUGUGAGAGGUAGUUUUCUGUGAAAUGUUUCAUCCUUUACCUUUUUUAAAAUCCUGUAAAUUAUUGUAUUAUGUGUAUGUUUAUGUGGAAAGUACUGACAGUUUUAUCUGAUCAGAUGUCCAGAUAAUGGUGAGCAGACCAGGUGGGCAUUUGCAGUUGAAGUGUCUCAGCCGUUGUCGUCAAGAUUUUCGAUACAUUUGGUUCAUGAAUGGAGAAAAAAUUAAGAACCAAAAUUCAAAAUAUCAUCGACCAGACCAGACUCUGAACACAGACAGAUUUUCCUGUGCUGUAGAAGGAUAUGAGGACUUCCCCUCUCCUUCAGUGUGUGAGUUUACCCCUCCCUUUCCUCUAACACAACACUAUCUGAUGGAGGUUUUAAAAUUUGGUGCGUGCCCUGACUCUCUGGUCUGUGGCUAACAUUUCCACUUUAAAAAACAUCUCAUAUCUGUGAUGCUCAGAGUAAAAACUCAAUAGUAAAGAGUUGUUAAAGGACAGAGAGCAUAAACCAAGUACAUCAGUGACUGAAAUGUUAACUGUAAAAUGUGUUUCUUCUUCAGAUGCUUUCGAGCCUCCCUCUGUGUCAGUGAGUUCCUCUGCUGAGAUAAUGGAGGGAAAAAAUGUGACUCUGACCUGCAGCAGUGGUGCUAAUGUAGAAUCCAGUUAUACCUGGUAUCAAAGAAAUGAACCUCUAUAUCCUCUGCGUCUCAGGAGAGGACCUCAGCUUGUCUUCAGCUCCAUCAAGUCCUCAGACUUUGGACAGUAUUACUGUGAAGUGAGGAACAUCUUUGGGACACAGAUAUCGGGGAACAUCUUGGCUGGUUUGACAUGUGUGUGAAACAUCACAGUUCAAACACAUUAGAAAGACAAUAAACUACACAACAAUACCUCAAAACAGUUUUAUCCUGUAUUUGAACAAAAAGCACUAAGACAAAAUUUCUUCUUCUAUAUGUUUAUUUGCAAGUUUAAUUUACCAACUUUGAUUAAAUCCAUUUCCAGAUGAUCCAGAGCUUCCCUCUGUGUCAGUGAGUCCCUCUGCUGAGAUAGUGGAGGGUAAUCAUGUGACUCUGACCUGCAGCAGUGAUGCUAAGCCAGAUGCUACUUAUACCUGGUACAGAAGAAGUGGACGUCUAAGUCUGAGUCUCAGAAAAGGAAAUCAGCUUGUAUUCAGCUCCAUUCAGUCCUCAGACUCUGGACAGUAUUACUGUAAAGUGAGGGGCAUCACCGGGUCCUCUAGGGACGUCUUAGUCUAUGUGAAAUGUGAGUAAAAAGUCACAUUUAAAGAGGAACAGAAGGAUGAAAACCAUACACAACCAUAUCCCAGAAAUGAUUUUUAUUCUGUGUUCGUUUCUUUGUCAUUUCUGUUUUUAUCCGUCUUCAGAUGCUCCAAAGUUCUCUUAUGUGUCUGUGAGUCCCUCUUCUGAGAUAGUGGAGGGCAGUUCAGUGACUCUGACCUGUAUCAGUUAUGCCAACCCAGCACCACGUUCCACCUGGUACAAGGAGAACAACACCACGUUUCAGUCAACAGGAGGAAUUUAUACUUUUCUCAACAUCAGCCAUCUGGACAGAGGGAGAUACAACUGCAGAUCUGAGAAUCAAUAUGGAUCACAUGUAUCUCCCCCUCUCUCACUAGAUAUCCAGUGUGAGUAGAAGACAUUACAAAGUUAGAUCACCUGGUACAAAACUCUUCUUAACGGCUUAAGUCUCCAUGUAAAGUUUUCUUUCGAUCUCCUCCAGAUGCUCCAAAACGUCCCUCUGUGUCAGUGAGUCCCUCUGCUGAGAUAGUGGAGGGUAGUUCAGUAAAUCUGACCUGCAGCAGUGAUGCUAACCCUGCAGCUACUUAUACCUGGUACAAAGAGAGUGAAGACUCAGCAAACGCUUCAGGACAGACCUUCACCAUCACUGAGUUCAGAGCUAAUCACAGUGGGAAGAAGCCCGAAACAAAAUAGGACGCCAGAAAUCCAGCCCACAUCAGAUCGUUGCGGCAGGUGAGAUAUUUACACACCUGCACACAGAGAGCUUACCCAGAAUACUCAAAGCAGCUCAUGAUAUGUUUGAUUAAUUAAUUUUUUCCUUCACAAACACGUUUUCUCUGAAUCAGAUCUUAAAACUGACUAAAGUGAAUAAUUCAUGGAGGGACCUCCAUGUCAGAUUCUGGCUCAACAGAGUCUCAGACAGAGCUAAAGAUAUAGACCAGUCUGAUUCUGUUAGUAAUGUGUCUCACAUAUCUCUCUUCUUUCAUUCAAGGGAAAUCAACAAUAACAACCAUAAUUAGCAUCAGGUUUACCCUGUUCUUUUUGAUGUUGAUUCCUCCACCUCUUGUGAGUCUGUUGACAAGGUAAAACCAUAAAACUCCAUCAAUUCAAACACAUUUCUUUUAUGAGCUUCUUCACUUGGUUCAUAGUUUAAUUUCUUUUCUCUCUAUCACUGUAAAACUGACUUUUCUCAAAUGUAAUAAUCCAGGAAGAAGAAACCUCUGAACUCCAACACCGAACCAAGUGAACCUGCAGAGAUGAUAGAGGUGAGACUGACUGCUUACAAAAUAUCUUUACAGACCUGUUCAAAGAUGUCAGGAUCAAAGUUUCAAAAUGGGACUAAAAUACUUUCAAAGAUGAUCAACUCUCUUCAUCUGUCCUCAGCUGGACUCUGCUCAUGAGAAUGAGAAAGUCUCAGCGGUCACUGCAGCACAGACUGAAGACAUAGAGGAGCAGGAAGACAGGGUGUGAAGUCCAGUCAGGGUGGGGUGUCUCCAGUGGUGCUGAUGGUCUACUGGUCCCAUAACUGGACUAGAGUCCCCUGUUGAGCGGUUGCUGGUUCAACUCCCGCCCAUGAUCCUUUGCUGCACAUGUUCUCUCACUUUCUACACUCCUCAUUUGCUGUCUUUCUUCUGCUUUCCUAUCUACAAAAGGAAAAAAUGCCCCAAAAACACGACUGUCAUGAAAGUCAAAUAGAAAAACAAGAUACUUUAAAAAUCAAGUCAAAAAUAAGACGUUUCAAACUCUUACUUUUGUCAUGUUGGUUAAGUUUCUUUUAUUUUUGCACAUUCAUGUUUUGUUUCAUGUCAUGUAUUUCCUGUUUUAUUUUGUAGUUCACCAACUCUUGUUUCUGUCUUCUAGCUUUGUUCCUGUCUGGUCUGCCCUCGUUUUGUCACACCUGCUGCCUGAUUGUGUUUCCCCACCUGUUCCCCAUCACCCUCACCACCUCUUGUAUUUAAUCUCAUGCAUCUCACUUUCUCAUCACCAGUUCGUUGCACUAUAUAGUCACGUUCCAGCAUUAUGCAUAGUUUUAGUCAAGUCAUGUAUUACCUUUGCCUGCUUUAUUUCUGACCUUGCUGUUUUACAAUAAAUUCCUUGUCUUUUGGACCAACUGAUCUGGUGUUGUGCAAUUGUGUUCUCUCCUCUGUGUCUUGGUUUAUAACAGUUUCUACAGAGAGUCUGACCUCCUCCACCGAGAUAACAGACCAACUUCAGAUUCAUUCUCACUGUCUUAAUCUUUUUUUUGUGAUUGUACGCAGAUGCAGUGUGUUUCACCCUCCAGGUAGUUAAAAAAAAGUCCUGUCAACAAGACUUUGGCAGAUCUGUUGGUCCAGCCACUCUAAUAUUUCACUGUCCAAAAUGAUGGGCCAACUCAUCUCCUGUGUAGCAUAUUUAUUUUUACAGGAACUGCAAAAACAUAAAAACAGUCAUUAAUAGGAGCGCACUCUGUUCUGUGUCUUUACGCUUCAUCCUCACACACUGACUGGACUUCUCUGUUUUAUGAUAAACACUCUACACUUGCACUGUAAAACAACUCUUAAAGCAACACAAUACUACAGUGGUGUUGAAAUAAAAUCCAUGACAUUACUGUCUCAAUAUUUAUACUAUUUUAACCAUUACAUCUCCUUUAUGAACUGUAUAACUGAUCUUUAGUUAAGUAAAUCUAUUUCAAACUAAUGUCUUUUAAUGUAUUAACACUGUACUGUCCCUUAAUACACUGAACAUAAAGUGUUUUACUUUCCCUCUUCCCACAAUGAAAACACACGGUGUGGCUUUAACCUAAAAUACAAGCGUGCACAAUACAGACUCUCAUCACGGUCUACUAACUGGACCAUAGCAUGGCACCACAGCUGCACCUGCCAGCCCAGCCCCUCACCCAGCUCAACUCCACACAAGCACCUCCCCACAGAAAAAACUUAAUCCAUUUAAUGCGGUUUCUUGAUAUAAACUUAUAUUUUUACAGCUGUAAUGUGUAUCUCUCAGUAGUUAGCCUAUCCUUUAAACUCAAAAGAGACAUAAUUCAGUCCUCUGGUUCAUUACCACGAUUGCCAUGGACUACGAGUCUGCCAUUACAGAUACACAAUCCAGCGAGUCGCCUUUACAAACCCAUGAGCUUGUGAAUUCACUCUUUAGCUCGACGUCUGUUACACUCCAAGGCACUUCAGAUAUAUUAUUACUGUUGUCCAUUACGUUUAUAGUAUUUCUGAACCAGCUAACCUGCAAACACAUAAAAACAGUCAUUAAUAGGAGCGUACUCUAUGCUGUGCCUGUACCAUUGACUGUAUAUAAAAUGGACGCCAUCUGCCUCCUCGCUGGGUGAAGCCACCCCAAGAACAGCGCCCUCUGGUGACAGGCUGCAGUAUAGGUCCCAGGUGGAAGCGAGAAGACUGACACAACAGCAGACUGACUGUUUUUCAGUUCUGAUUAAACACUAGUGUUGAGAUGGUUGUCUGUCAUGAUAGCAUGUACUGAGUCGGGGCCAGUACCAGAUAAGCACAUGAGACUGUAAUCCAUGAACGUAAGGUAACAACCGAGACCUAAUGGUGCUGUGACAGCAACACGAUUGAGUUUGAGACAGUGAAAAUACAUAUGGUAUGUUGUAUCUGAACAGGUUAGCUUACGAGCUAAAGUUACUUAGCACAGAUAAAAGUUAAAACAAAGACGUUUAGCAAACUGUUAAAGCAGACAAACUUCCCUUCAGGUCGUUAUCUUUGUAAUGUUUGUGUUUUUAAUCAAAAAGCACUCUGUUCUCUGAUACGUUAACGUUCAGCUGGUCGGCCAUGUUGGAUAUACAGGUGAAUCAGACGUCGCAACAACACGCAAUCUGAUUGGUCAGAAGUGGACACACAGUAUGCGAAACUUUAGAAAAAUUGACUAUGAUCCGAAAAAAUGAAUGCCACAAUAUCGCAGAAUGGGAAAAUUUCGCUGAUGUGAACGCUUGUAUUGACACGAUACGGUUUCGAAAAAAAAUCGUCCGAAAUAAUUGCACAAUAAACACAGUCCCGAUGUGAAAGGACCUUUAGUCAUAAAAAUAAAAUGGGGGGGUCGAAUGGGGGGUCGACUAUUUCCAUGCCUUCACAGACUCGUAGUGCCACAUAAUUGAUUGCAUCUUUAUCUUGUAGUGUCUGAGAAUACUUAUGAGACGAUCGAUGUAUGUUACAUUUUUGAUAAUCCUGUCUUAUAACUUUACUCAAUUUACUCUCUGAUUAAAAGGAUUAAAACACCUCCAAAAAACCAUUCCUGUUGAAGUUCAAGUGUAAUCCGCUCACACAGAUUAGUUUUUUUCUCCCAUUCUUUGAGGUUUUUGAUUCAACUUUGUUCACCCACAGACUUUUUGACAUCCUUCCUCAACUAAUGAAGAUAACGUGUCGAUACUGAUGUUGAAAUAAAAUCAAAAGAUAGUAAAAACUUAACCAUUUUAAGAGGAUUAAGUUGAUGAAAAACAGCUUCUUUAAGGUGUGGUCUCUUAUUGGUGUUUGUGUCAACAUUUAUGUUAUCAUUUAAAAAGGAAGGGCUUUUUUGGUCUGUUUCACACUUCAGUUUCCGCCUUCUGCUCACGGACUGCAGAGACAAGACGUUCUUCAAGACAAUGCUGUUCAUCUUUGUAAGUAGAAUAGUUUAAUGAAAUGUCAGCUCUUGUGUGCUUUUCAUUUUGCAUUUUUGACUUGUGUUAUAUUCCCUAAAGUCCCAGAGAAAGGAGAGAGGAGCAGAGAUGAGUUUAACUGCAGCAGUGAGUGGAUUCAUCCUUCUCCUCUCAGUAUCAGGUACUUCAUUUCUACAGCUUUUCCUCUUCACUCUGAGAAACCUGCAGCCUCUUUUUAAUUUGAUCAAAAACAGACUCUGUUUGCAGAACCUGCAGUUUUUUCUCCAAAAUUCAGAUUGUAAUUUGCUGUAUUGAAAUCACUUUUUGAGUUUUUUAGUGGAUACUAGUUUUGCAGUCAGGCUAGUGUCUCAGGGACUCAUUUAUCACAACACAUCUGCAACAAGCCUGUGUGUUCCUCUUCAUAGGUGUUAUAUUUCCAUGCUGAUGCUGCAUUGACAGCACUUAUCUAAUCAUUGAGUAUUAGCUUCUGUACAGUUUCUCACACUUCUGCAUUCAUUUUUAGAUACACACUUGACUGGGCAGCUAACUUUGCACAGAGAAAACUUUCACAGAACAGCACAAUCUGUCGAAUAAUUUACACUGUUAAUAAUGCUGUUGGGUCAGAAAAGUGUUCAUGUUCAGUAUUUUAAAAUCUGAGGGCAAACUGUUUCUAAACUGAGAAAAAAGCUAUUUAUUUUUAGCUUUAUUUCAUGUUCAGUCUUGAACUUUUCCUGGUCUGGUUAAAUUGACUGUGUUCUCUGAUUUUUGUGUUUUAGUGGUUCAGGCUCAGAACGACUGGGAGGUGACUUACUCUACAACUCAGAUCUGUGUCUCUAGAGGAUCAACUGUAGAAAUAAGCUGCAACUUUAAGUACCCAAAAACAAUAAACAUGGAGCAGAACAAACUCUUAAAAACAUUUUGGUUUAUUAGGAAACGUAGUGAUGAGUUUCUAAACAUUGAAACAGACUCAGAGUAUUCAGGUCGUGUGAAGACCACGUAUUAUAGGACCAGAUCCACCUUGACAAUCACAAACCUGACAGGGAGUGACUCAGCUGAAUACAAGUUCAGGAUGGAGACAAGCCUGGACAAAUAUUUUGGCUACCCAGGUGUCACCCUGUCGGUCAGAGGUAAAGUUUUCUGUGAAAUUUUUCCUCUUUUUUUCUUUUUUAAAAUCGUGUAAAUGAUUAUAUUAUGUGUAUGUUUAUGUGGAAAGUACUGACAGUUUUAUCUGAUCAGAUGUCCAGAUAAUGGUGAGCAGACCAGGUGGGCAUUUGCAGUUGAAGUGUCUCAGCAGUUGUCAAGAUUUUCGAUACGUUUGGUUCAAGAAUGGAGAGAAGAUUAAGAACCAAAAUUCAAAAUAUCAUCAACCAGACCAGACUCUGAACACAGACAGAUUUUCCUGUGCUGUAGAAGGAUAUGAGGACUUCCCCUCUCCUUCAGUGUGUGAGUUUACCCCUCCCUUUCCUCUAACACAACACUAUCUGAUGGAGGUUUUAAAAUUUGGUGCGUGCCCUGACUCUCUGGUCUGUGGCUAACAUUUCCACUUUAAAAAACAUCUCAUAUCUGUGAUGCUCAGAGUAAAAACUCAAUAGUAAAGAGUUGUUAAAGGACAGAGAGCAUAAACCAAGUACAUCAGUGACUGAAAUGUUAACUGUAAAAUGUGUUUCUUCUUCAGAUGCUUUCGAGCCUCCCUCUGUGUCAGUGAGUUCCUCUGCUGAGAUAAUGGAGGGAAAAAAUCUGACUCUGACCUGCAGCAGUGGUGCUAAUGUAGAAUCCAGUUAUACCUGGUAUCAAAGAAAUGAACCUCUAUAUCCUCUGCGUCUCAGGAGAGGACCUCAGCUUGUCUUCAGCGCCAUUAAGUCCUCAGACUUUGGACAGUAUUACUGUGAAGUGAGGAACACCUUUGGGACACAGAUAUCGGGGAACAUCUUGGCUGGUUUGACAUGUGUGUGAAACAUCACAGUUCAAACACAUUAGAAAGACAAUAAACUACACAACAACACCUCAAAACAGUUUUAUCCUGUAUUUGAACAAAAAGCACUAAGACAAAAUUUCUUCUUUUAUAUGUUUAUUUGCAAGUUUAAUUUACCAACUUUGAUUAAAUCCAUUUCCAGAUGAUCCAAAACGUCCCUCUGUGUCAGUGAGUCCCUCUGCUGAGAUAGUGGAGGGUAAUCAUGUGACUCUGACCUGCAGCAGUGAUGCUAAGCCAGAUGCUAACCAUACCUGGUACAGAAGAAGUGGACGUCUAAGUCUGAGUCUCAGAAAAGGAAAUCAGCUUGUCUUCAGCUCCAUCCAGGUGUCAGACUCUGGACAGUAUUACUGUAAAGUGAGGGGCAUCACCGGGUCCUCUAGGGACGUCUUAGUUUAUGUGAAAUGUGAGUAAAAAGUCACAUUUAAGGAUCAACAUAAGGAUGAAAACCAUACACAACCAUAUCCCAGAACAUUUUUUUAUCCUGUUUCUUUGUCAUUUCUGUUUUUAUCCGUCUUCAGAUGCUCCAAAGUUCUCUUAUGUGUCUGUGAGUCCCUCUUCUGAGAUAGUGGAGGGCAGUUCAGUGACUCUGACCUGUAUCAGUUAUGCCAACCCAGCACCACGUUCCACCUGGUACAAGGAGAACAACACCACGUUUCAGUCAACAGGAGGAAUUUAUACUUUUCUCAACAUCAGCCAUCUGGACAGAGGGAGAUACAACUGCAGAUCUGAGAAUCAAUAUGGAUCACAUGUAUCUCCCCCUCUCUCACUAGAUAUCCAGUGUGAGUAGAAGACAUUACAAAGUUAGAUCACCUGGUACAAAACUCUUCUUAAUGGCUUAAGUCUCCAUGUAAAGUUUUCUUUCGAUCUCCUCCAGAUGCUCCAAAACGUCCCUCUGUGUCAGUGAGUCCCUCUGCUGAGAUAGUGGAGGGUAGUUCAGUAAAUCUGAUCUGCAGCAGUGAUGCUAACCCUGCAGCUACUUAUACCUGGUACAAAGAGAAUGAAGACUCAGCAAACGCUUCAGGACAGACCUUCACCAUCACUGAGUUCAGAGCUAAUCACAGUGGGAAUUAUUACUGUGAAGCCCGGAACAAAAUAGGACACCAGAAAUCCAGCCCACAUCAGAUUGUUGCAGCAGGUGAGAUGUUUACACACCUGCACACAGAGAGCUUACCCAGAAUACUCAAAGCAGCUCAUGAUAUGUUUGAUUAAUUAAUUAAUUUUUUCCUUCACAAACAUGUUUUCUCUGAAUCAGAUCUUAAAACUGACUAAAGUGAAUAAUUCAUGGAGGGACCUCCAUGUCAGAUUCUGGCUCAACAGAGUCUCAGACAGAGCUAAAGAUAUAGACCAGUCUGAUUCUGUUAGUAAUGUGUCUCACAUAUCUCUCUUCUUUCAUUCAAGGGAAAUCAACAAUAACAACCAUAAUUAGCAUCAGGUUGACCCUGUUCUUUUUGAUGUUGAUUCCUCCACCUCUUGUGAGUCUGUUGACAAGGUAAAACCAUAAAACUCCAUCAAUUCAAACACAUUUCUUUUAUGAGCUUCUUCACUUGGUUCAUAGUUUAAUUUCUUUUCUCUCUAUUAUUGUAAAACUAACUUUUCUCAAAUGUAAUAAUCCAGGAAGAAGAAACCUCUGAACUCCAACACUGAACCAAGUGAACCUGCAGAGAUGAUAGAGGUGAGACCGACUGCUGACAAAACAUCUUUACAGACCUGUUCAAAGAUGUCAGGAUCAAAGUUUCAAAAUGGGACUAAAAUACUUUCAAAGAUGAUCAACUCUCUUCAUCUGUCCUCAGCUGGACUCUGCUCAUGAGAAUGAGAAAGUCUCAGCGGUCACUGCAGCACAGACUGAAGACAUAGAGGAGCAGGAAGACAGGGUGUGAAAUCCAGUCAGGGUGGGGUGUCUCCAGUGGUGCUGAUGGUGUACUGGUCCCAUAACUAGACUGAAGUCUCCUGUUGAGCGGUUGCUGGUUCAACUCCCGCCCAUGAUCCUUUGCUGCACAUGUUCUCUCAGUCAAAAAUAAGACGUUUCAAACUCUUACUUUUGUCAUGUUGGUUAAGUUUCUUUUAUUUUUGCACAUUCAUGUUUUGUUUCAUGUCAUGUAUUUCCUGUUUUAUUUUGUAGUUCACCAACUCUUGUUUCUGUCUUCUAGCUUUGUUCCUGUCUGGUCUGCCCUCGUUUUGUCACACCUGCUGCCUGAUUGUGUUUCCCCACCUGUUCCCCAUCACCCUCACUACCUCUUGUAUUUAAUCUCAUGCAUCUCACUGUCUCGUCACCAGUUCGUUGCACUCUAUAGUCACGUUCCAGCAUUAUGCAUAGUUUUAGUCAAGUCAUGUAUUACCUUUGCCUGCUUUAUUUCUGACCUUGCCUUUUUACAAUAAAUCCUUGUCUUUUGGACCAACUGAUCUGGUGUUGUGCAAUUGUGUUCUCUCCUCUGUGUCUUGGUUUAUAACAGUUUCAACAGAGAGUCUGACCUCCUCCACCGAGAUAACAGACCAACUUCAGAUUCAUUCUCACUGUCUUAAUCUUUUUUUUUUGUGAUUGUACGCAGAUGCAGUGUGUUUCACCCUCCAGUUAGUUAAAAAAAAGUCCUGUCAACAAGACUCUGGCAGAUCUGUUGGUCCAGCCACUCUAAUAUUUCACUGUCCAAAAUGAUGGGCCAACUCAUCUCCUGUGUAGCAUAUUUAUUCUUACAGGAACUGCAAAAACAUAAAAACAGUCAUUAAUAGGAGCGCACUCUGUUCUGUGUCUUUACGCUUCAUCCUCACACACUGACUGGACUUCUCUGUUUUAUGAUAAACACUCUACACUUGCACUGUAAAACAACUCUUAAAGCAACACAAUACUACAGUGGUGUUGAAAUAAAAUCCAUGACAUUACUGUCUCAAUAUUUAUACUAUUUUAACCAUUACAUCUCCUUUAUGAACUGUAUAACUGAUCUUUAGUUAAGUAAAUCUAUUUCAAACUAAUGUCUUUUAAUGUAUUAACACUGCACUGUCCCUUAAUACACUGAACAUAAAGUGUUUUACUUUCCCUCUUCCCACAAUGAAAACACACAGUGUGGCUUUAACCUAAAAUACAAGCGUGCACAAUACAGACUCUCAUCACGGUCUACUAACUGGACCAUAGCAUGGCACCACAGCCGCACCUGCCAGCCCAGCCCAGCCCCUCACUCAGCUCAACUCCACACAAGCACCUCCCCACAGAAAAAACUUAAUCCAUUUAAUACGGUUUCUUGAUAUAAACUUACAUUUUUACAGCUGUAAUGUGUAUCUCUCAGUAGUUAGCCUAUCCUUUAAACUCAAAAGAGACAUAAUUCAGUCCUCUGCUUCAUUACCACGAUUGCCAUGGACUACGAGUCCGCCAUUACAGAUACACAAUCCAGCGAGUCGCCUUUACAAACCCAUGAGCUCGUGAAUUCACUCUUUAGCUCGACGUCUGUUACACUCCAAGGCACUUAAGAUAUAUCAUUACUGUUGUCCAUUACUUUUAUAGUAUUUCUGAACCAGCUAACCUGCAAACACAUAAAAACAGUCAUUAAUAGGAGUGUACUCUAUGCUGUGCCUGUACCAUUGACUGUAUAUAAAAUGGACGCCAUCUGCCUCCUCGCUGGGUGAAGCCACCCCAAGAACAGCGCUCUCUGGUGACAGGCUGCAGUAUAGGUCAUAAAUCCUGCCCCCACCAGCCAUCCUUAUGGGGUCUGUGGACAAACUUUGGAAAUUUAUUACACAAAAUAUAAAUUCUUCUCCCCCCUAACUGUGAUGUUGACAUGUAGCUACUGUAAGACUGGUUUGUGCUCAAGUCCUCUUUUUUCUGUGCAGCUCCAUUUUUAAAAGUUAUUAGGUGGUUCAUGUUUUCUAUGAUUGACACUUGAUACAGCCUAUGUGCAAUGUUGGUUUCAGGAAGUGGAGAAAAAAAUGCAGAAUCACAGAGAGCUUUUUGGCUUCAAAUCCGUAUACUGGCAGAAGGUGGAACCAAGUUGUCCAAAGUAUAUACAGUCUAUGGUCUGAACGCUUCAUCCUCAGACACUGACUGGACUUCUCCUGCUGUUGCAUCAGCUAUCCGCUAGGUGAGGUACCGAGUGCCCCCUGCUGGUGAAACAUAUAUUACACUAUCUUACAGGAAAAUAGACGCUACAGUAGUUUUAGUAUUGCACGUGAACUUUAUUCAUAUAAAUAAAAUGGGGGUUUGACUAUUUCCAUGCCUUCAAUAACGCAUAGUGUCACAUAAGCAGUAACUCUAAGUGAUCUUUUUAAUUGAUUGCAUCUUUAUCUUGUAGUGACUGAGAAUAUUUAUGGGAUGAUCGAUGUAUGUUACAUUUUUGAUAAUCCUUUCUUGUGACAACGAGCUCUAUGAGAGUUUGACUGGAGGUUGAACGCAACAUCCUGACUCUACUAUUUGUUGUUUGUGUGACACUCUAUUUACUCUCUGAUUCAAAGGAUUACAACACCCCCCCCCCAAAAAAAAAAAAAAAAAAAAAAACACUUCCGUUGAAGUUCAAGUGUAAUCCACUCAUACAGAUUAGUUUUUUUCUCCCAUACUUUGAGGUUUUUGAUUCAACUUUGUUCACCCCCAGACUUUUUGACAUCCUUCCUCAACUAAUGGAGAUAACGUGUCGAUACUGAUGUUAAAAUAAAAUCAAAAGAUAGGACAAACUUAACCAUUUCAAGAGGAUUAAGUUGAUGAAAAACAGCUUCUUUAAGGUGUGGUCUCUUAUUGGUGUUUGAAUCAACAUUUAUGUUAUCAUUUAAAAAGGAAGGGCUUUUUUGGUCUGUUUCACACUUCAGUUUCCGCCUUCUGCUCACGGACUGCAGAGAAAAGACGCCCUUCAAAACACAACGCUGGUCAUAUUUGUAAGUAGAAUAGUUUAGUGAAAUGUCUGAUACUUUUUCAUCUCCUGUUAGCUUUUCAUGUCACAUAUUUGACUUGUGUUAUUAUCCCUAAAGUCCCAGAGAAAGGAGAGAGGAGCAGAGAUGAGUUUAACUGCAGCAGUGAGUGGAUUCAUCCUUCUCCUCUCUGUAUCAGGUACUUCAUAUCUAAAGCUUUUCCUCUUCACUCUGAGAAACCUGCAGCCUCUUUUUAAUUUGAUCAAAAACAGACUCUGCUUACAGAACCUGCAGUUUUUUCUCCAAAAUUCUGAUUGUAAUUUGCUGUAUUGAAAUCACUUUUUGAGUUUUUUAGUGGAUACUAGUUUUGCAGUCAGGCUAGUGUCUCAGGGACUCAUUUAUUACAACACAUCUGCAACAACCCUGUGUGUUCCUCUUCAUAGGUGUUAUAUUUCCAUGCUGAUGCUGCAUUGACAGCACUUAUCUAAUCAUUGAGUAUUAGCUGCUGUACAGUUUCUCACCCCUUAGACUUCUGCAUUUAUUUUUAGAUACACACUUGACUGGGCAGCUAACUUUGCACAGAGAAAACUUUCACAGAACAGCACAAUCUGUCAAAUAAUUUACACUGUUAAUAAUGCUGUUGGGUUAGAGAAGUGUUCAUGAAUAUAAACAUCUGUAAUUUUUCAGUAUGGAUAAAUCUUCUCUCAGAUAUUUUGAUAAGUAGUUUAAAAUCUAAUAUCAAACAGAGAAAAAAGCUAAACCUGACAAAAAUAUCUUACAUGUGAUUGUUAUAUCAAGAUGAUGUCGGACUGCACCUCAAUGAUCUGGUUCAGAUUUAUUUAUUUCAUGUUCAGUCUUAAACUUUUCCUGGUCUGGUUAAAUUGACUGUGUUCUCUGAUUUUUGUGUUUUAGUGGUUCAGGCUCAGAACGACUGGGAGGUGACUUACUCUAAAACUCAGAUCUGUGUCUCCAGAGGAUCAACUGUGGAAAUAAGCUGCAACUUUAAGUACCCAAAAACAAUGGAGAGGAAGCAGAACAAACUCUUAAAAACAUUUUGGUUUAUCAGGAGACGUGGUGAUGAGUUUCUAAACAUUGAAACAGACUCAGAGUAUUCAGGUCGUGUGAAGACCACGCAUGAUGGGACCAGAUCCACCUUGACAAUCACAAACCUGACAGGGAGUGACUCAGCUCAGUACAAGUUCAGGAUGGAGACAAGCCUGGACAAAUAUUCUGGCUACCCAGGUGUCACCCUGUCUGUGAGAGGUAAAGUUUUCUGUGAAAUGUUUCAUCCUUUACCUUUUUGAAAAUCCUGUAAAUUAUUGUAUUAUGUGUAUGUUUAUGUGGAAAGUACUGACAGUUUUAUCUGAUCAGAUGUCCAGAUAAUGGUGAGCAGACCAGGUGGGCAUUUGCAGUUGAAGUGUCUCAGCCGUUGUCGUCAAGAUUUUCGAUACAUUUGGUUCAUGAAUGGAGAAAAAAUUAAGAACCAAAAUUCAAAAUAUCAUCAACCAGACCAGACUCUGAACACAGACAGAUUUUCCUGUGCUGUAGAAGGAUAUGAGGACUUCCCCUCUCCUUCAGUGUGUGAGUUUACCCCUCCCUUUCCUCUAACACAACACUAUCUGAUGGAGGUUUUAAAAUUUGGUGCGUGCCCUGACUCUCUGGUCUGUGGCUAACAUUUCCACUUUAAAAAACAUCUCAUAUCUGUGAUGCUCAGAGUAAAAACUCAAUAGUAAAGAGUUGUUAAAGGACAGAGAGCAUAAACCAAGUACAUCAGUGACUGAAAUGUUAACUGUAAAAUGUGUUUCUUCUUCAGAUGCUUUCGAGCCUCCCUCUGUGUCAGUGAGUUCCUCUGCUGAGAUAAUGGAGGGAAAAAAUGUGACUCUGACCUGCAGCAGUGGUGCUAAUGUAGAAUCCAGUUAUACCUGGUAUCAAAGAAAUGAACUUCUACAUCCUCUGCGUCUCAGGAGAGGACCUCAGCUUGUCUUCAGCUCCAUCAAGUCCUCAGACUUUGGACAGUAUUACUGUGAAGUGAGGAACAUCUUUGGGACACAGAUAUUGGGGAACAUCUUGGCUGGUUAUACAUGUGUGUGAAACAUCACAGUUCAAACACAUUAGAAAGACAAUAAACUACACAACAAUACCUCAAAACAGUUUUAUCCUGUAUUUGAACAAAAAGCACUAAGACAAAAUGUCUUCUUUUAUAUGUUUAUUUGCAUGUUUAAUUUACUAACUUUGAUUAAAUCCAUUUCCAGAUGAUCCAGAGCUUCCCUCUGUGUCAGUGAGUCCCUCUGCUGAGAUAGUGGAGGGUAAUCAUGUGACUCUGACCUGCAGCAGUGAUGCUAAGCCAGAUGCUAACCAUACCUGGUACAGAAGAAGUGGACGUCUAAGUCUGAGUCUCAGAAAAGGAAAUCAGCUUGUCUUCAGCUCCAUUCAGUCCUCAGACUCUGGACAGUAUUACUGUAAAGUGAGGGGCAUCACCGGGUCCUCUAGGGACGUCUUAGUUUAUGUGAAAUGUGAGUAAAAAGUCACAUUUAAGGAUCAACAUAAGGAUGAAAACCAUACACAACCAUAUCCCAGAAAUGAUUUUUAUUCUGUGUUUGUUUCUUUGUCAUUUCUGUUUUUAUCCGUCUUCAGAUGCUCCAAAGUUCUCUUAUGUGUCUGUGAGUCCCUCUUCUGAGAUAGUGGAGGGCAGUUCAGUGACUCUGACCUGUAUCAGUUACGCCAACCCAGCACCACGUUCCACCUGGUACAAGGAGAACAACACCACGUUUCAGUCAACAGGAGGAAUUUAUACUUUUCUCAACAUCAGCCAUCUGGACAGAGGGAGAUACAACUGCAGAUCUGAGAAUCAAUAUGGAUCACAUGUAUCUCCCCCUCUCUCACUAGAUAUCCAGUGUGAGUAGAAGACAUUACAAAGUUAGAUCACCUGGUACAAAACUCUUCUUAACGGCUUAAGUCUCCAUGUAAAGUUUUCUUUCGAUCUCCUCCAGAUGCUCCAAAACGUCCCUUUGUGUCAGUGAGUCCCUCUGCUGAGAUAGUGGAGGGUAGUCCAGUAAAUCUGACCUGCAGCAGUGAUGCUAACCCUGCAGCUACUUACACCUGGUACAAAGAGAGUGAAGACUCAGCAAACGCUUCAGGACAGACCUUCACCAUCACUGAGUUCAGAGCUCAUCACAGUGGGAAUUAUUACUGUGAAGCCUGGAACAAAAUAGGAAGCCAGAAAUCCAGCCCACAUCAGAUCGUUGCGGCAGGUGAGAUAUUUACACACCUGCACACAGAGAGCUUACCCAAAAUACUCAAAGCAGCUCAUGAUAUGUUUGAUUAAUUAAUUUUUUCCUUCACAAACAUGUUUUCUCUGAAUCAGAUCUUAAAACUGACUAAAGUGAAUAAUUCAUGGAGGGAACUCCAUGUCAGAUUCUGGCUCAACAGAGUCUCAGACAGAGCUUAAGAUAUAGACCAGUCUGAUUCUGUUAGUAAUGUGUCUCACAUAUCUCUCUUCUUUCAUUCAAGGGAAAUCAACAAUAACAACCAUAAUUAGCAUCAGGUUGACCCUGUUCUUUUUGAUGUUGAUUCCUCCACCUCUCGUGAGUCUGUUGACAAGGUAAAACCAUAAAACUCCAUCAAUUCAAACACAUUUCUUUUAUGAGCUUCUUCACUUGGUUCAUAGUUUAAUUUCUUUUCUCUCUAUCACUGUAAAACUGACUGUUCUCAAAUGUAAUAAUCCAGGAAGAAGAAACCUCUGAACUCCAACACUGAACCAAGUGAACCUGCAGAGAUGAUAGAGGUGAGACCGACUGCUGACAAAAUAUCUUUACAGACCUGUUCAAAGAUGUCAGGAUCAAAGUUUCAAAAUGGGACUAAAAUACUUUCAAAGAUGAUCAACUCUCUUCAUCUGUCCUCAGCUGGACUCUGCUCAUGAGAAUGAGAAAGUCUCAGCGGUCACUGCAGCACAGACUGAAGACAUAGAGGAGCAGGAAGACAGGGUGUAAAGUCCAGUCAGGGUGGGGUGUCUCCAGUGGUGCUGAUGGUCUACUGGUCCCAUAACUGGACUAGAGUCCCCUGUUGAGCGGUUGCUGGUUCAACUCCCGCCCAUGAUCCUUUGCUGCACAUGUUCUCUCACUUUCUACACUCCUCAUUUGCUGUCUUUCUUCUGCUUUCCUAUCUACAAAAGGAAAAAAUGCCCCAAAACACGACUGUCAUGAAAGUCAAAUAGAAAAACAAGAUACUUUAAAAAUCAAGUCAAAAAUAAGACGUUUCAAACUCUUACUUUUGUCAUGUUGGUUAAGUUUCCUUUAUUUUUGCACAUUCAUGUUUUGUUUCAUGUCAUGUAUUUCCUGUUUUAUUUUGUAGUUCACCAACUCUUGUUUCUGUCUUCUAGCUUUGUUCCUGUCUGGUCUGCCUUCGUUUUGUCACACCUGCUGCCUGAUUGUGUUUCCCCACCUGUUCCCCAUCACCCUCACUACCUCUUGUAUUUAAUCUCAUGCAUCUCACUGUCUCGUCACCAGUUCGUUGCACUCUAUAGUCACGUUCCAGCAUUAUGCAUAGUUUUAGUCAAGUCAUGUGUUACCUUUGCCUGCCUUAUUUCUGACCUUGCCGUUUUACAAUAAAUCCUUGUCUUUUGGACCAACUGAUCUGGUGUUGUGCAAUUGUGUUCUCUCCUCUGUGUCUUGGUUUAUAACAGUUUCUACAGAGAGUCUGACCUCCUCCACCGAGAUAACAGACCAACUUCAGAUUCAUUCUCACUGUCUUAAUCUUUUUUUUGUGAUUGUACGCAGAUGCAGUGUGUUUCACCCUCCAGUUAGUUAAAAAAAAGUCCUGUCAACAAGACUUUGGCAGAUCUGUUGGUCCAGCCCCUCUAAUAUUUCACUGUCCAAAAUGAUGGGCCAACUCAUCUCCUGUGUGGCAUAUUUAUUCUUACAGGAACUGCAAAAACAUAAAAACAGUCAUUAAUAGGAGCGCACUCUGUUCUGUGUCUUUACGCUUCAUCCUCACACACUGACUGGACUUCUCUGUUUUAUGAUAAACACUCUACACUUGCACUGUAAAACAACUCUUAAAGCAACACAAUACUACAGUGGUGUUGAAAUAAAAUCCAUGACAUUACUGUCUCAAUAUUUACACUAUUUUAACCAUUACAUCUCCUUUAUGAACUGUAUAACUGAUCUUUAGUUAAGUAAAUCUAUUUCAAACUAAUGUCUUUUAAUGUAUUAACACUGUACUGUCCCUUAAUACACUGAACAUAAAGUGUUUUACUUUCCCUCUUCCCACAAUGAAAACACACAGUGUGGCUUUAACCUAAAAUACAAGCGUGCACAAUACAGACUCUCAUCACGGUCUACUAACUGGACCAUAGCAUGGCACCACAGCCGCACCUGCCAGCCCAGCCCCUCACUCAGCUCAACUCCACACAAGCACCUCCCCACAGAAAAAACUUAAUCCAUUUAAUGCGGUUUCUUGAUAUAAACUUAUAUUUUUACAGCUGUAAUGUGUAUCUCUCAGUAGUUAGCCUAUCCUUUAAACUCAAAAGAGACAUAAUUCAGUCCUCUGGUUCAUGACCACGAUUGCCAUGGACUACGAGUCCGCCAUUACAGAUACACAAUCCAGCGAGUCGCCUUUACAAACCCAUGAGCUUGUGAAUUCACUCUUUAGCUCGACGUCUGUUACACUCCAAGGCACUUAAGAUAUAUUAUUACUGUUGUCCAUUACUUUUAUAGUAUUUCUGAACCAGCUAACCUGCAAACACAUAAAAACAGUCAUUAAUAGGAGUGUACUCUAUGCUGUGCCUGUACCAUUGACUGUAUAUAAAAUGGACGCCGUCUGCCUCCUUGCUGGGUGAAGCCACCCCAAGAACAGCGCCCUCUGGUGGCAGGCUGCAGUAUAGGUCAUAAAUCCUGCCCCCACCAGCCAUCCUUAUGGGGUCUGUGGACAAACUUUAGAAAUUUAUUACACAAAAUAUAAAUUCUUCUCCCCCCUAACUGUGAUGUUGACAUGUAGCUACUGUAAGACUGGUUUGUGCUCAAGUCCUCUUUUUUCUGUGCAGCUCCAUUUUUAAAAGUUAUUAGGUGGUUCAUGUUUUCUAUGAUUGACACUUGAUACAGCCUAUGUGCAAUGUUGGUUUCAGGAAGUGGAGAAAAAAAUGCAGAAUCACAGAGAGCUUUUUGGCUUCAAAUCCGUAUACUGGCAGAAGGUGGAACCAAGUUGUCCAAAGUAUAUACAGUCUAUGGUCUGAACGCUUCAUCCUCAGACACUGACUGGACUUCUCCUGCUGUUGCAUCAGCUAUCCGCUAGGUGAGGUACCGAGUGCCCCCUGCUGGUGAAACAUAUAUUACACUAUCUUACAGGAAAAUAGACGCUACAGUAGUUUUAGUAUUGCACGUGAACUUUAUUCAUAUAAAUAAAAUGGGGGUUUGACUAUUUCCAUGCCUUCAAUAACGCAUAGUGCCACAUAAGCAGUAACUCUAAGUGAUCUUUUUAAUUGAUUGCAUCUUUAUCUUGUAGUGACUGAGAAUAUUUAUGGGAUGAUCGAUGUAUGUUACAUUUUUGAUAAUCCUUUCUUGUGACAACGAGCUCUAUGAGAGUUUGACUGGAGGUUGAACGCAACAUGCUGACUCUACUAUUUGUUGUUUGUGUGACACUCUAUUUACUCUCUGAUUCAAAGGAUUACAACACCCCCCCCCAAAAAAAAAAAAAAAAAAAACACUUCCGUUGAAGUUCAAGUGUAAUCCACUCAUACAGAUUAGUUUUUUUCUCCCAUACUUUGAGGUUUUUGAUUCAACUUUGUUCACCCCCAGACUUUUUGACAUCCUUCCUCAACUAAUGGAGAUAACGUGUCGAUACUGAUGUUAAAAUAAAAUCAAAAGAUAGGACAAACUUAACCAUUUCAAGAGGAUUAAGUUGAUGAAAAACAGCUUCUUUAAGGUGUGGUCUCUUAUUGGUGUUUGAAUCAACAUUUAUGUUAUCAUUUAAAAAGGAAGGGCUUUUUUGGUCUGUUUCACACUUCAGUUUCCGCCUUCUGCUCACGGACUGCAGAGAAAAGACGCCCUUCAAAACACAACGCUGGUCAUAUUUGUAAGUAGAAUAGUUUAAUGAAAUGUCUGAUACUUUUUCAUCUCCUGUUAGCUUUUCAUGUCACAUAUUUGACUUGUGUUAUUAUCCCUAAAGUCCCAGAGAAAGGAGAGAGGAGCAGAGAUGAGUUUAACUGCAGCAGUGAGUGGAUUCAUCCUUCUCCUCUCUGUAUCAGGUACUUCAUGUCUAAAGCUUUUCCUCUUCACUCUGAGAAACCUGCAGCCUCUUUUUAAUUUGAUCAAAAACAGACUCUGCUUACAGAACCUGCAGUUUUUUCUCCAAAAUUCUGAUUGUAAUUUGCUGUAUUGAAAUCACUUUUUGAGUUUUUUAGUGGAUACUAGUUUUGCAGUCAGGCUAGUGUCUCAGGGACUCAUUUAUUACAACACAUCUGCAACAACCCUGUCUGUUCCUCUUCAUAGGUGUUAUAUUUCCAUGCUGAUGCUGCAUUGACAGCACUUAUCUAAUCAUUGAGUAUUAGCUGCUGUACAGUUUCUCACCCCUUAGACUUCUGCAUUUAUUUUUAGAUACACACUUGACUGGGCAGCUAACUUUGCACAGAGAAAACUUUCACAGAACAGCACAAUCUGUCAAAUAAUUUACACUGUUAAUAAUGCUGUUGGGUUAGAGAAGUGUUCAUGAAUAUAAACAUCUGUAAUUUUUCAGUAUGGAUAAAUCUUCUCUCAGAUAUUUUGAUAAGUAGUUUAAAAUCUAAUAUCAAACAGAGAAAAAAGCUAAACCUGACAAAAAUAUCUUACAUGUGAUUGUUAUAUCAAGAUGAUGUCGGACUGCACCUCAAUGAUCUGGUUCAGAUUUAUUUAUUUCAUGUUCAGUCUUAAACUUUUCCUGGUCUGGUUAAAUUGACUGUGUUCUCUGAUUUUUGUGUUUUAGUGGUUCAGCCUCAGAACGGCUGGGAGGUGACUUACUCUAAAACUCAGAUCUGUGUCUCCAGAGGAUCAACUGUGGAAAUAAGCUGCAACUUUAAGUACCCAAAAACAAUGGAGAGGAAGCAGAACAAACUCUUAAAAACAUUUUGGUUCAUCAGGAGACGUGGUGAUGAGUUUCUAAACAUUGAAACAGACUCAGAGUAUUCAGGUCGUGUGAAGACCACGCAUGAUGGGACCAGAUCCACCCUAACAAUCACAAACCUGACAGGGAGUGACUCAGCUCAGUACAAGUUCAGGAUGGAGACAAGCCUGGACAAAUAUUCUGGCUACCCAGGUGUCACCCUGUCUGUGAGAGGUAGUUUUCUGUGAAAUGUCUCAUCCUUUACCUUUUUGAAAAUCGUGUAAAUUAUUGUAUUAUGUGUAUGUUUAUGUGGAAAGUACUGACAGUUUUAUCUGAUCAGAUGUCCAGAUAAGGGUGAACAGAUCACGUGGGCAUUUGCAGUUGAAGUGUCUCAGCCGUUGUCGUCAAGAUUUUCGAUACUGUCUGGUCUGCCCUCGUUUUGUCACACCUGCUGCCUGAUUGUGUUUCCCCACCUGUUCCCCAUCACCCUCACUACCUCUUGUAUUUAAUCUCAUGCAUCUCACUGUCUCGUCACCAGUUCGUUGCACUUUAUAGUCACGUUCCAGCAUUAUGCAUAGUUUUAGUCAAGUCAUGUAUUACCUUUGCCUGCUUUAUUUCUGACCUUGCCGUUUUACAAUAAAUCCUUGUCUUUUGGACCAACUGAUCUGGUGUUGUGCAAUUGUGUUCUCUCCUCUGUGUCUUGGUUUAUAACAAUUUCUACAGAGAGUCUGACCUCCUCCACAGAGAUAACAGACCAACCUCAGAUUCAUUCUCACUGUCUUAAUCUUUUUUUUUUGUGAUUUUACGCAGAUGCAGUGUGUUUCACCCUCCAGUUAGUUAAAAAAAAGUCCUGUCAACAAGACUCUGGCAGAUCUGUUGGUCCAGCCCCUUUAAUAUUUCACUGUCCAAAAUGAUGGGCCAUCUCAUCUCCUGUGUAGCAUAUUUAUUCUUACAGGAACUGCAAAAACAUAAAAACAGUCAUUAAUAGGAGCGCACUCUGUUCUGUGUCUUUACGCUUCAUCCUCACACACUGACUGGACUUCUCUGUUUUAUGAUAAACACUCUACACUUGCACUGUAAAACAACUCUUACAGCAACACAAUACUACAGUGGUGUUGAAAUAAAAUCCAUGACAUUACUGUCUCAAUAUUUAUACUAUUUUAACCAUUACAUCUCCUUUAUGAACUGUAUAACUGAUCUUUAGUUAAGUAAAUCUAUUUCAAACUAAUGUCUUUUAAUGUAUUAACACUGUACUGUCCCUUAAUACACUGAACAUAAAGUGUUUUACUUUCCCUCUUCCCACAAUGAAAACACACAGUGUGGCUUUAACCUAAAAUACAAGCGUGCACAAUACAGACUCUCAUCACGGUCUACUAACUGGACAAUAGCAUGGCACCACAGCCGCACCUGCCAGCCCAGCCCAGCCCCUCACUCAGCUCAACUCCACACAAGCACCUCCCCACAGAAAAAACUUAAUCCAUUUAAUACGGUUUCUUGAUAUAAACUUAUAUUUUUACAGCUGUAAUGUGUAUCUCUCAGUAGUUAGCCUAUCCUUUAAACUCAAAAGAGACAUAAUUCAGUCCUCUGGUUCAUGACCACGAUUGCCAUGGACUACGAGUCCACCAUUACAGAUACACAAUCCAGCGAGUCGCCUUUACAAACUCUUGAGCUUGUGAAUUCACUCUUUAGCUCGACGUCUGUUACACUCCAAGGCACUUAAGAUAUAUCAUUACUGUUGUCCAUUACUUUUAUAGUAUUUCUGAACCAGCUAACCUGCAAACACAUAAAAACAGUCAUUAAUAGGAGUGUACUCUAUGCUGUGCCUGUACCAUUGACUGUAUAUAAAAUGGACGCCAUCUGCCUCCUCGCUGGGUGAAGCCACCCCAAGAACAGCGCCCUCUGGUGACAGGCUGCAGUAUAGGUCAUAAAUCCUGCCCCCACCAGCCAUCCUUAUGGGGUCUGUGGACAAACUUUAGAAAUUUAUUACACAAAAUAUAAAUUCUUCUCCCCCCUAACUGUGAUGUUGACAUGUAGCUACUGUAAGACUGGUUUGUGCUCAAGUCCUCUUUUUUCUGUGCAGCUCCAUUUUUAAAAGUUAUUAGGUGGUUCAUGUUUUCUAUGAUUGACACUUGAUACAGCCUAUGUGCAAUGUUGGUUUCAGGAAGUGGAGAAAAAAAUGCAGAAUCACAGAGAGCUUUUUGGCUUCAAAUCCGUUUACUGGCAGAAGGUGGAACCAAGUUGUCCAAAGUAUAUACAGUCUAUGGUCUGAACGCUUCAUCCUCAGACACUGACUGGACUUCUCCUGCUGUUGCAUCAGCUAUCCGCUAGGUGAGGUACCGAGUGCCCCCUGCUGGUGAAACAUAUAUUACACUAUCUUACAGGAAAAUAGACGCUACAGUAGUUUUAGUAUUGCACGUGAACUUUAUUCAUAUAAAUAAAAUGGGGGGUUGACUAUUUCCAUGCCUUCAAUAACUCAUAGUGCCACAUAAGCAGUAACUCUAAGUGAUCUUUUUAAUUGAUUGCAUCUUUAUCUUGUAGUGACUGAGAAUAUUUAUGGGAUGAUCGAUGUAUGUUACAUUUUAGAUAAUCCUUUCUUGUGACAACGAGCUCUAUGAGAGUUUGACUGGAGGUUGAACGCAACAUCCUGACUCUACUAUUUGUUGUUUGUGUGACACUCUAUUUACUCUCUGAUUCAAAGGAUUACAACACCCCCCCCCAAAAAAAAAAAAAAAAAAAACACUUCCGUUGAAGUUCAAGUGUAAUCCACUCAUACAGAUUAGUUUUUUUCUCCCAUACUUUGAGGUUUUUGAUUCAACUUUGUUCACCCACAGACUUUUUGACAUCCUUCCUCAACUAAUGGAGAUAACGUGUCGAUACUGAUGUUAAAAUAAAAUCAAAAGAUAGUACAAACUUAACCAUUUCAAGAGGAUUAAGUUGAUGAAAAACAGCUUCUUUAAGGUGUGGUCUCUUAUUGGUGUUUGAAUCAACAUUUAUGUUAUCAUUUAAAAAGGAAGGGCUUUUUUGGUCUGUUUCACACUUCAGUUUCCGCCUUCUGCUCACGGACUGCAGAGAAAAGACGCCCUUCAAAACACAACGCUGGUCAUAUUUGUAAGUAGAAUAGUUUAAUGAAAUGUCUGAUACUUUUUCAUCUCCUGUUAGCUUUUCAUGUCACAUAUUUGACUUGUGUUAUUAUCCCUAAAGUCCCAGAGAAAGGAGAGAGGAGCAGAGAUGAGUUUAACUGCAGCAGUGAGUGGAUUCAUCCUUCUCCUCUCUGUAUCAGGUACUUCAUAUCUACAGCUUUUCCUCUUCACUCUGAGAAACCUGCAGCCUCUUUUUAAUUUGAUCAAAAACAGACUCUGUUUGCAGAACCUGCAGUUUUUUCUCCAAAAUUCUGAUUGUAAUUUGCUGUAUUGAAAUCACUUUUUGAGUUUUUUAGUGGAUACUAGUUUUGCAGUCAGGCUAGUGUCUCAGGGACUCAUUUAUUACAACACAUCUGCAACAACCCUGUCUGUUCCUCUUCAUAGGUGUUAUAUUUCCAUGCUGAUGCUGCAUUGACAGCACUUAUCUAAUCAUUGAGUAUUAGCUGCUGUACAGUUUCUCACCCCUUAGACUUCUGCAUUUAUUUUUAGAUACACACUUGACUGGGCAGCUAACUUUGCACAGAGAAAACUUUCACAGAACAGCACAAUCUGUCAAAUAAUUUACACUGUUAAUAAUGCUGUUGGGUUAGAGAAGUGUUCAUGAAUAUAAACAUCUGUAAUUUUUCAGUAUGGAUAAAUCUUCUCUCAGAUAUUUUGAUAAGUAGUUUAAAAUCUAAUAUCAAACAGAGAAAAAAGCUAAACCUGACAAAAAUAUCUUACAUGUGAUUGUUAUAUCAAGAUGAUGUCGGAUUGCACCUCAAUGAUCUGGUUCAGAUUUAUUUAUUUCAUGUUCAGUCUUAAACUUUUCCUGGUCUGGUUAAAUUGACUGUGUUCUCUGAUUUUUGUGUUUUAGUGGUUCAGCCUCAGAACGGCUGGGAGGUGACUUACUCUAAAACUCAGAUCUGUGUCUCCAGAGGAUCAACUGUGGAAAUAAGCUGCAACUUUAAGUACCCAAAAACAAUGGAGAGGAAGCAGAACAAACUCUUAAAAACAUUUUGGUUUAUCAGGAGACGUGGUGAUGAGUUUCUAAACAUUGAAACAGACUCAGAGUAUUCAGGUCGUGUGAAGACCACGCAUGAUGGGACCAGAUCCACCCUAACAAUCACAAACCUGACAGGGAGUGACUCAGCUCAGUACAAGUUCAGGAUGGAGACAAGCCUGGACAAAUAUUCUGGCUACCCAGGUGUCACCCUGUCUGUGAGAGGUAAAGUUUUCUGUGAAAUGUCUCAUCCUUUACCUUUUUUGAAAAUCCUGUAAAUGAUUAUAUUAUGUGUAUGUUUAUGUGGAAAGUACUGACAGUUUUAUCUGAUCAGAUGUCCAGAUAAUGGUGAGCAGACCAGGUGGGCAUUUGCAGUUGAAGUGUCUCAGCGGUUGUCGUCAAGAUUUUCGAUACAUUUGGUUCAAGAAUGGAGAGAAAAUUAAGAACCAAAAUUCAAAAUAUCAUCGACCAGACCAGACUCUGAACACAGACAGAUUUUCCUGUGCUGUAGAAGGAUAUGAGGACUUCCCCUCUCCUUCAGUGUGUGAGUUUACCCCUCCCUUUCCUCUAACACAACACUAUCUGAUGGAGGUUUUAAAAUUUGGUGCGUGCCCUGACUCUCUGGUCUGUGGCUAACAUUUCCACUUUAAAAAACAUCUCAUAUCUGUGAUGCUCAGAGUAAAAACUCAAUAGUAAAGAGUUGUUAAAGGACAGAGAGCAUAAACCAAGUACAUCAGUGACUGAAAUGUUAACUGUAAAAUGUGUUUCUUCUUCAGAUGCUUUCGAGCCUCCCUCUGUGUCAGUGAGUUCCUCUGCUGAGAUAAUGGAGGGAAAAAAUGUGACUCUGACCUGCAGCAGUGAUGCUAAUGUAGAAUCCAGUUAUACCUGGUAUCAAAGAAAUGAACCUCUAUAUCCUCUGCGUCUCAGGAGAGGACCUCAGCUUGUCUUCAGCUCCAUCAAGUCCUCAGACUUUGGACAGUAUUACUGUGAAGUGAGGAACAUCUUUGGGACACAGAUAUCGGGGAACAUCUUGGCUGGUUUGACAUGUGUGUGAAACAUCACAGUUCAAACACAUUAGAAAGACAAUAAACUACACAACAAUACCUCAAAACAGUUUUAUCCUGUAUUUGAACAAAAAGCACUAAGACAAAAUUUCUUCUUUUAUAUGUUUAUUUGCAAGUUUAAUUUACCAACUUUGAUUAAAUCCAUUUCCAGAUGAUCCAGAGCUUCCCUCUGUGUCAGUGAGUCCCUCUGCUGAGAUAGUGGAGGGUAAUCAUGUGACUCUGACCUGCAGCAGUGAUGCUAAGCCAGAUGCUACUUAUACCUGGUACAGAAGAAGUGGACGUCUAAGUCUGAGUCUCAGAAAAGGAAAUCAGCUUGUCUUCAGCUCCAUUCAGUCCUCAGACUCUGGACAGUAUUACUGUAAAGUGAGGGGCAUCACUGAGUCCUCUAGGGACGUCUUAGUUUAUAUGAAAUGUGAGUAAAAAGUCACAUUUAAAGAGCAACAGAAGGAUGAAAACCAUACACAACCAUAUCCCAGAACAUUUUUUAUUCUGUUUGUUUCUUUGUCAUUUCUGUUUUUAUCCGUCUUCAGAUGCUCCAAAGUUCUCUUAUGUGUCUGUGAGUCCCUCUUCUGAGAUAGUGGAGGGCAGUUCAGUGACUCUGACCUGUAUCAGUUACGCCAACCCAGCACCACGUUCCACCUGGUACAAGGAGAACAACACCACAUUUCAGUCAACAGGAGGAAUUUAUACUUUUCUCAACAUCAGCCAUCUGGACAGAGGGAGAUACAACUGCAGAUCUGAGAAUCAAUAUGGAUCACAUGUAUCUCCCCCUCUCUCACUAGAUAUCCAGUGUGAGUAGAAGACAUUACAAAGUUAGAUCACCUGGUACAAAACUCCUCUUAACGGCUGAAAGUCUCCAUGUAGGAAACUUGAAUGACUAAAGUUUUCUUUCGAUCUCCUCCAGAUGCUCCAAAACGUCCCUCUGUGUCAGUGAGUCCCUCUGCUGAGAUAGUGGAGGGUAGUUCAGUAAAUCUGACCUGCAGCAGUGAUGCUAACCCUGCAGCUACUUACACCUGGUACAAAGAGAAUGAAGACUCAGCAAAAGCUUCAGGACAGACCUUCACCAUCACUGAGUUCAGAGCUAAUCACAGUGGGAAUUAUUACUGUGAAGCCCGGAACAAAAUAGGACGCCAGAAAUCCAGCCCACAUCAGAUCGUUGCAGCAGGUGAGAUACUGUAUUUACACACCUGCACACAGAGAGCUUACCCAGAAUACACAAUUCAUCAUUUAUCAGAACCUGCUGAACAUGAGGUCAGAGAAAUUAUAGUUUCUCUACCAAGUUUUUUUGACUGCAGCUGGUUUCAUAGUUAAAGGAAAAGAUUUUAACAAAUAACCUCAAAAGUUUUCUAGAUGAGACAGUUUGAUCCACUGGGUAGGAGACAAAAAAUAAAGUAAAUCCUCACAAUAUUAAAGUAGCUGCCUACUAAAAAAAAAUAAAUAUAUGCAUAAAUAAAAUUUAAAACAGAGCUGAAAUUGCAAAGACUGAGCAGCUUUUACCUUCAGAGAAAUCCUGUUUUUCUUAUGGGCUCUCAUAAAGAACUCAGUCGGGCAAAAUCAGGAUUACAGGGGAGACGUAGGUAGUGCUGUGUGCAUGUGUAUGCUGUUGGUGGCAAAGAUUAUAGACCAUGAAAAUUUAUGUCAGUAACAUAUAUCUGAUCACCAUUUCUCAGGAGGAGGGUUAGUACCAGUUGUUGCUGGAACAGUUGCUGUUGUCCUGGUGGUUCUCGUGUUCCUCUCUGUCUUCUUGUGGAUCAGGUGAGCAGCUCUGUUUCACUAAGUUAUCAUAACUCAGUUUAUCAGAUGCAGGAAAUCUUUUACAUUUUAAUUUAUUCAUUAUUUUACCAGAAAAAAGAGAGCUACCAACGAAUCACCUGCAAAUGAAGCAAGACCAGACGACAGAGGGGAGGUGAGAACAGUUAUUCAUAUUAUUCAAGAUAAAAGAAAACCGCUCCUGAGGUGGAAUACAGACACACUGCUACUGGUUAUAGAAACUUUUGGUCUAAUUAGGGACAACAGGAGGAGCUGGUUGACCUUCAGUAUGCCAGCAUCAGCUUCUCCAAGAAUCCUACAGAUCUGUACAGUAACAUCAGACCAACUCAACCCAGCAGACAAAAGGAGCAACAGGAUGUCACUGAGUACGCUGCUGUCAAUGUUAGUCGUGCCGGCGCCACCAAAAGGUGAGAAACUCUUUAACGAGGACUAGCCUUCUCACUAUAAGAUGAAACCUGUCUUGUUUUGAAAAGUUUCAUCUUUUUUUCCCUAAAGUGUUUUUAUUUUGUAAAAACAAAAUUGAUGAUUUAGUUUCUCAGUCUUCUGAGUCUUAGUUGUUUCUUGGUUUCCCUCCUCAGAACCAGAAGUUCAGAGACCGGAGAGGAUCCUACUGCAGUGUACAGCACGGUCAACAAAUCUAGAUGA